AUGCAAAAACCAACAGAUGAAUUAAAUUUUUAUAGAUUGAAGCAACAGGUAUAUUUAUAACCAUUUAUAAUUUUAUCUACAAUGCUGUAAGCCUGUAAUUUAAUAGUUUACACAAAGUAUAUAUCAUGUCCCCCAGCUGUGGCCAAAUUAUGUUUACAAGUAAAUUUAGAAACCAGACUGCAGAGUAUGGCAGUUGCACACCGGAGAUUUAUACUUCAAUUAAUUCGUGCACACCCGAGCACUUCGAGCGCCGGAGGUGCAAGCCAGCUAGAGGGGUCCAGGGGCAUGCCCCCCGGGAAAAUUUUGAAAACUAGCCUGGGGGGGUUGAUCCCCCCGGUUCUGAAGCCCCCCAGCCCACUAUGGCCCCGAUAUUGCCUGCCCUGAUGCACCCUACAUUAAUUUUACACUGUCUAAUGACAGAUGAUUUGCUUGUGAUGUUACUCUGAGUGUAUAUCCACACCGGGCAAGCUUGAAAAAUAUACCUGGCCACGGUGGGAAUCGAACCUACAACCUUUGGACAGAUGAUUUUAUUCCUCAAGGGCAGAUUGCUGCAAGACUGGAAAUUUUGCAGUGCACGUAAAAAUUCAUGCAUGUGAGCAUUUUCAUGAGUGUUAAGGUGGCUCCCUACAGUUAGUACAGUUUAAAUACGAUUUAUAUAGAUCAGACUUCAUCCUCGCGACCUGCGCGUGGAAUCGUGUUUACUGUUUGGCAAAAAUAUUGAAACAAGCCGUGGGAAGUUUUUUGGCGUUUUUUAUCUACAAAGAAAGCCCCAGUUUUUCAUUAUAAUCCUAUUUUUUUUUUCUGAAUUUGAACAGUACGUAUGUUAUUAACUAGUUUAACCUAUCUUUUAGUGUGUUUUUACGUAUUUACGUUCAGUAUUGUCUUUCAUAUUGCUCAAAAUUUUCAACUUGUUGUUUUGCGAGCUGUCAAACUGAAAUGACACUGUCUUCUAUUAACUCUUGAACAGUAGUGAACUGUUGCCGAAACUUAUAGAAGUUCUGUCAAUCAAUUCAAUUUACAGGUAUCGUUUUAUCUGCUAAAUCAAAUAAAACAGUUAUGAGUUGUUUUAUAUGAAAAGUUAAACUUGUAGUUCGAUGUUUUGAAAAGUUUUCACACCGAUUUUAACAACAAAAACAAAUGUAAACUAACACUGGAUUUAAUACAAUGCCUAUAAUAGUGUUUUUAUUAGUAUUUUCAAGAUUAAUAUUUUAUUUUCAUGUCAAACAAGUCAGAAAUAUCUGUUUUCUUAUGUAUUGUAAGCCAAAAAGUUGAAAUCACUAUAAAUCACACGCUACAAUUUACACGCAUGCGCAGAUCGUGCUCAUGUCGAGUCGAUUUUUUUCAUGCUGGCCACGCCGAUUUUAGCGAUGAUUUUCUCGUGUUUUCUUCGGUGAAAUUUUUUUAAACUUUGUAUUUUUGUUAUAAAAGACAAGUGGUACAACAUAUCCAAAUUUUAAGAAAUUCUACAAAUAACUUUUUCUGUAACCGUCAUUCACGAAUAUCUCGAAAACUUAUUUAUAAAUUCCCUUCAAAUUUUGAUGUUUUUCCUUUAUGGACCAUAAAUCUUCAAAAAAAAAUUCAGAAAAAUUCACCGAAGGAAAAUAUAGAUAUUGUCAAUUUAUUGUGAAAUUAGACAAUAAAAGUGCAAAAGAUUACACGUCAUGGUUGCCAUGGCAACACAAACACUGUUUUAAUUUGUUCAUAAAUGGACAGCACACAGCUUCUGAACUUUCCUGGAAAUGAUCAUAUUGCCUUGUCUUAAGUGUAUCUAAUAUAAAUUCGGUUCAAAGCGAACGAUACUCAAAAUACCUAGAAUUUUAGAGAACUGUAGGGAGCCACCUUAAGUGUGCACUUGGCCUGUGAAAGAUAUAUUAAGCUUUUACAUUGCACAAAAAAUGCUUUGUGCACAUAAUUUUAUGAAAUAAAAUUCUUCUUUUCCCACGUAACAAAGUUUCCAGCCUUGCUGUACGUCACUCGAUGAGUUAUGCAUCAGUCAAAUCCAAGCAUGCCCCUCCUUCCACCCCUGGGCCACAGUGGUUUUAUGAAAUAAAAUUCUUCUUUUCCCACGUAACAAAGUUUCCAGCCUUGCUGUUACGUCACUCGAUGAGUUAUGCAUCAGUCAAAUCCAAGCAUGCCCCUCCUUCCACCCCUGGGCCACAGUGGGACGUCACUCGAUGAGUUAUGCAUCACUUGCCUGUGUAGCACAUCCCAGGGGAGAGGCAUUUGCGUGCAAACCUAAAAUUAAUAUUCUAUUUUUUUUAAAACCUGACUAAUAAUUUAUAAAAGACAACGUAAUCACACCAUUGAGUUUCAAAUCAUAGCUUGGCUUAAUUAUUUGAGAAAGCAUGAUUGAGCUUUUCCUAUCCCCAUGUAGUUAAAUUAAUGCUAAAUUGCUAACAAUCAUAGCCCCUACCAAGUAUCCAAACCACCAAAACCAAGUACAAAAUAAUUUUUGCAGCAUUAUUGUUGCCCAAGUUCUUCAAUCCAAUGUCAGAAAGUGUAGGAAUUAAGAGCAUGAAUUUGUCAAACUUUCCCGGAGGAGCAUAAUUUCCUCUAGAUGCCUCCUAGACUUCAGCACUCCCCCUCCCCCUAACUUUAAAUACAGUAUCUUCCUACACUACAGCAUGGGUAAAUUUUGGGUGAAAUUAUUUAAAGGCACAUUUCUAUUGGAACAGUUACCCCCAUUUAAGGCAUUAUUGUGUGGUUGCGAAAAAAAAAUUUCUCCACCAUCUUGAUCGCUUGAGACCCCUUUGGCUUUGAUUAUGUUAUUAUUGAAUUUCUCGUAUAAGAUGCAAAAAAUGGACUGCAAAAAAUAAUACUCUAUUUUUAUUUCACAUUUUUUUCUUGUUUCUCUAAAAUACUUCAUAACUAAAACGAGGAAGCCAACACCAAGAAAGAAAAAGGAAAGAUCAAGAUUGGGUACAGGCUACCUGCAUUCCCAUCAAGCUUUGUCGCUUUUCAGUUGCGUGUAUAGGUCUCGCAUAUUGUGUGAAAAAAUGGUGAUAUAUAAUUCUUUCAUCAGUUUUCUCGGUGAUAAAUUUUCAGGGAUUUAUACAGGGAGUUAAUUGUAGUAGGAGAGCUAGCAGUCCCCAACUUCCACCAAACCCUCCGCCCAACCUCGUACACAGGGCUCUCUUUGUGCUGGCACAAAGAGAACCCUGGGUACGAGGUUGACCCUCCACCCUCAGAAAAUCCUUAAUAUUGUCUCUAUGAAAUAACAUUUCCUGCAUUCAGAUAACAUCAGGGAUGCCAGAACUGGGGGGGGGGCAGGAGGGGCAGCUGCCCCUCUUGCCUUUUGCUAGGGGGGGGGCAAGGGGGGUAGAAGUGCCUUUUUAGUUGUAAAAUACUACCUGAUAAAUCACAUUUCCAGUGAUGCUUUUUCGGGCAAAAUCAUGAGAUUCAGGUAAUUUAUAGGCCCAGAGAAAGUUAAUUUACAAAAAUAAGUGCGAAUUUGGAAAAGAAUGAGGUUAAUUUACAAAAAUUUUAGAAAAUUUUUGGAUUUUAGAAAAAAAAUUUUGAUAAAUGGAGAAAAUUGCUGAUGUCUGGAGAAAUUUUUUUACGUCACGAAAAAUUUUGGUAUGUCCGGAAAAAUUUUGUGACCCCUAGAAUGGUACACUGACCGAAAUUUUUUUUGCCACGGGGGGGAGGUAAAUUUCGAUCUUUUGAGGUGCCCUUUGGUGUGCGUCUGCCCCGCUUUGCCUUUUUAUCGUUCCGGCGUCCCUGGAUAACAUGCAUUUUUUAGCAAUUGUUUCACCGUUUUACAGGUAUUGAACGAUCAAGUACUUUCUUCCUUAAUUACAAUGAAUUGACAAUGCCACUGACAAUUUCUUCAAAUUACAGUAUAUUGUGGUUUUUGUUCGUUUUUACUGCAGACACUUCCGUUACACGUUUUGAUUUUCGAACGUAAUAAAAGGAUAAUUAGGACUAAGGUUAAUUAAUAUCUUAGCUUUCAUUUCUGCAUAUGUUCAUGGAAUAAUGGGCCGUACUCGUGUCAGAUUCCUUCAGACACCAUAAUGGAUAGCGGAAAUGGACCGCCCGCCCGUGUGUAAUUUGAAAUAAGGGCCGGACGGGAAACUAAAGUCUAAUUUUGGAAAAGAGAAAGAUUGAGUUUCAGAACUUAAUUGAAACCUUAAUUUACUGUAUAGGGUACUUAAUCUACUUAAGACCAAAUUCUAGCUUUUAAAGGGAAAUGGCAAUAUGUAUUUUUAUUUUCUCAUUUGAAAGAACUUUACGGUUUUUUUCAUAUCUUGCUUACUUCUACACAUAUUUUGAUCGAAAGGAAUGAAAUGUCCGCCAUGCAUGUCACGUCACAACACUCAACAGGGUUCACGCAAUAUUUUUAUCUGGACAAUCACUAAUCAUUUUGCACUCAAAACUAUACUCUGUCUGCCCUUCGAAAUAUCAAGAUCACUCAAAACCUUUGAAACAUCUACCAAUCAAUACUUGGUCAGCAACGAAUACUUUUAUAUGAUUAAUCCCUGUUGUGACGUCACCAAAACUACCGUUAAUGAUGUUACUCGGAGUGUAUAUCCACACCGGGCGAGCUUGAAAAAUAUGCCCGGCCACGGUGGGAAACGAACCUACGACCUUUGGAAUACUAGCCCAAUGCUCUGCCAACUGAGCUACGUGGUCAGGUCGGUUCGAGUAAGUGAUAUUUCGGAACAGAAUCUAGAACAUCACAAACAUAUCAUAUUCACCUGAGUACACAACACCAGCACAGAAAAAAAUACCGUUAAUGAGAUCAAAAAUUUAUUCAAGAUGGCGGACACCUCAUUACUUCAAGUGAAAAUAUUUCAAGAGACAAGAACUAAAGGUGGAGUGACACGAGCAACAAAAUUACUGCAACUUGCAACAAAGUCUGAUUUCAACGCAUGUUAAGUAGAAAUGUCGACACAUGUUGCCUUGUGAUUUGUAAUUUAUGUGUCAACGUUUUCAAUUAACAUGCGUUGAAAUCAGAUUUUGUUGCAAGUUGCAGCAAUUUUGUUGCUCGUUUAACUCCACCUUAAGCAAGUCAAAAUAAGAAUUUAUAUUGCCAUUUCCCUUUAAUGGUAAUAAUUUUCCCGCAGACUACAUAAUGAUUAUGCAGGCAAGGCUUGCUGUAAUUCCGAACUUUCAUAUUUUGAAAAUUGUCUUCUUCACAUAUUGAACUUUUAGACAAAUGAACUCAAUGUGUUGAGCAGUGAACUUACAUCACUCAAUCCAUCUGCAGUAUGUAUCAUAUUUUGUCAUGUUUUGCAUGAUUGCUGAUAUCUGUGUUAUUCACUUAUUCUAUUAUUUCAUAUUUUUUCAUUUCGUCUUUUUGCAUGUUUCUGUUUAGUCAGCUUGACUUGUUUGUUUGUGACUUGUUAGGUUUACCAAUGCAGGCCUCAUUGUCGAAAAAUCAGGUUGGGAAAGUUUUGCAUGCUGCCCUAAAACAAAAUCAGGCUUGCAACAGGUCCGCAAGUUUACGUUUUCAAUAAAAGUUCCUGCAGUAUUUAUUGCCGACAAUAACAUUUCUUAAAUGUAGCUAAUUGGCUGAAUGAAAAAUUGCCGACUCUAUGUCACUUGUUCUACAUUUUAUUAGCCGUAUAGUUUGCUAUUAAUUGACCACUUGCGUAAUAGACUAAAAUUUGAUCUAGACAAAAAUUUCAUCACAGCUUGAAAGAGCAUCACAAAAUUAGUAAUAUCCCAAAGUUUCGUUGCGAAAUGUUGUAAAAUGCGGAUAAUAUAUAGCCUUGCGAAGUUUGCAAUUUUCAGUCAUUUUAGAUUACAAACGGGAAAUUGACAGCCCAAUACCCUUUGGGGCUGUCAAUUUCCCGUUUGUAAUCUAAAAUGACUGAAAAUUGCAAACUUCGCAAGGCUAUAUUAUCCGCAUUUUACAACAUGUCGCAACGAAACUUUGGAAUAUUACUAAUUUUGUGAUGCUCUUUCAAGCUGUGAUGAAAUUUUUGUCUAGACUUGUUUAGAUGAAAAUUUAGUCUAUUAUACGCAAAUGGUCCAUUGAAUGCACGAGUCAUUUGCUCUGAAUUUACAAUAAGGAAAAAUAUAAUGCAGGUCGGCAUAUUUUGGCCGACCUGACACGAUCAUGAUUGGUCAUGCAGGUUGGCAUUGCCGAUUACCGACCUUGAAUUCCGAUGCCUAUUACAUAUUUACCGUAAUUGAUUACUUGCUCUUGUGAUCACUUGUUUACUUACCCGUUGUUUCCAGAAAGUCUACAGACAACUGGGAAGUGGAGGUGUAUUAUUUUUGGCAAAUAAAGCGACUCUAGUGAAGGAAACACAGGGUAACAACAAUGUUGAUUUAUAUUUGUUUAACCAUUAAUUUAUUUCAUAUAUCAAUGAUUGACAGAAUUGACUGUUGAAAAACUUUAAAUAACCUUUUUAUAGUUACAGAUUGAAGUUAACUGUACAGUAAUAAUAUACUAUAUUAUUUUUUCAUCAUUACUAAAUUUUAAUAAUUGAGUUGUAAUCUACUGCCUGUAAUAGGCCAUUUCCGAACUACGGUGAGAUGCCCACUGACAAUAGCCUGAGAACAAGGCUUCUUCUUAAGGUGACUCGAUAUUAAUUCGCCCAAAAAUCGCGAAAACCAAACGUUAUGAAUUAUGAACAAACCCGGCGCUUGACCAUUCGAGUCCCCAAGAAUUUUAACGAAAGGACUUACAUACAUGUCCUGAUGUGACGCCACGACUUGCUCACGCCUUCUCGCGCCAUUGUACGUGUUUUGUAACGCAUUGCAUGUCAAUUGCUGACGUCAUUAGAAAUGCCAAUUUUUAGAAAACAGUGCGCUAUAUAUCUCGUUAUUUCGUGCGGUGACCUAUGCUGAAAGUUUGCACGUAUUAAAUAGUACUGCAAAAGACUUUCAUUAUACCAAAAAUAAAAAAAAAUUCUGUAAUGCGAAGAAAAGGCUUUUUAUCGAAAAAAUCUCAUUUUUUCGUUUUUUAAAAAAAUUGGCAUUACAGAAUUUUUUUAUAUUUUGCUUAUUGUUAGUCCAUGUUGCAAGUGAAAUAGUGCACGAAAAGAAAUUGGGGGUCGCUGUGCUUCUUUUCCAACUACACAAACCAAUAGGUUAUUUUAGAGUGAAUUUCGUGCGCGUAUGUUGCCAUAGUAACGAACUAUGUGUUAUCAAAACUGACAUAAAUUGAAAGAAGAAACAUCAAAAUAGAUGAAUAUCCUGAUAUCUGCGUCAUAAAACCUAAAAGUACGACGUUUAAAACUGUCAAACUUGUAUACACCUGACGUUUUGAAAACUGUAUCGAGCCACCUUAAGCAAAUCAAUAUGAAGCCACAACUUAAUAUUACUACAGAGAGCUGGAACGCGUAAUUUGGAAAUGGCCUGUUAAAGUAUUACAAUACUGCAUGAUAUUUUGUGAUAUACCGAUACUUAUUGAUGUUAUAUACUAUUUGCUAUAUAGAUAAGCUUGCUAAUGUUCAACAGAAACUGAAACAAGCCCAGGAAAGACGGCAAUAAUAAAACAAUGGCCAAAAUUGAAUUGUGUGAUGAAACUUUACUGGUAAGCAACUAAUAUUAUAUUCAACACUAGUAAACUGUAACGGCAGCAAAAUACACAGAAUGCCGUGAAAUCAGUGUAUACAGUAUAUUAAAACAUGAAAGUGACGAAACAAUGGCGAAUUGAUGGCUAACAAUGCAAUCAUGAUAUUUUGUAAAUGCUAUAACCAGCAAAUGUGUAUACUAGUAUCUACUGUAUAAUCAUGUAAUUCAGUAUACCUUAAAUGACACUAUUACGAAGUGUUACCACCUUUUUUAUUGCACAUUGCUGGGUUUAGUUAUACAUUUUAUGUCAAUACUACAUACCAUGCAACAAAAAUGCUACUGCUAUCCUAUGCUUUUGCUAUUAACAACCUUUAACCUUGUAUACUUGGAGAUAUAAAAGUGCAAUUCAGACCAAAAGUUUUGUUUGUUUAAUAAAUUUAUUAAAGAUUGAAACGAACUUCUCCGAAUGUCCGUCUGUUGAUUGAAAAAUGCAAAAUUUUCCUCUUCACUUCACAAAACUUCCUCUUCUUCAGUAAAAUGAGUGACUGGCAUUGAAAUCAAUGAAUUCACGUUUAAUUAAUGCUUGAGUUAGCACAUUGAAAUAAUUAUAUAAAUUGGCCAAAAUUCGAUUGUUGUGCAUGAGAUUAUUUCAUUCAGAAUGCAUGUACAUACAUGAUUUGGUCAGGACGGUUGUUAAUUGCUAUAAUUGUUGUUAAUACUAUUUAUAUAUUUCGUUUCGUGGCCUCGUUGUACACUGUAUUACAUGUCUACCGAGUUGCAUUUAUUUUAUUCCUGUACCAAAUUUGCAUAUAGCACGGCAAGAUUACUGCCAAUUUAAGAUGUAAUGUAAUUUGAUACAAACGCUGAAAUUUUGCCCUACGGUUAAUUUCUGAACUUAUGAGCUGCAUGUAUUCAGUAUUUCACAACUAAUCUUUUAGUUGGUACCAAUAUACGACGUUAAAUACCACAUACGCAGCUGGAUAUACGAAUUUGGUGAUCUUGUCAAUUUUCGUCACAAGUUUCAAGUCGGUUUCUUUUUUCUCAGAAUUUUCCUCAUCUUCCUCAUUGUUAUUUUCCAUUCGUGUUUUCUCGUACUUUCCGUUAGAGAAAUGUUCCAUUGGGGCUUCAGCGUUAUUCAUACUGGCUCUUGACGUGGGUCGCCUGCUAAUGAGCUGACCGUGUUUUAAACAGAACGAUUCUCUUUCCUAAAAAAAAUCGUGAAAUUAUAGUAGUAAAUAAUGCUUGAUUUUAAUACCAAAAAUUAGCAUGCAGAGCUUUAAUUAAAUUACUGAUUAAAAAAGGAAUGAAUUACAAUAGUUAUUAGCCUAUAUAUACAAAUACUUGAUUCAAAAGGUUAUGUAAUUAUACAUCUUUACCAAAGUAGUUAUAUAAAUUGCCCUCUCAAAAAGGUUAUUAAUUAGUAAUAAUUACAGAUUUGUAAAUGUGAAUCGCGUGUGUCAAAUAUUCUUCUCACACCAAAAAUAAAAAUAAGCCAGGUUUUAUAAUUGGUAAUUAUGUUUUAUCUUAAUAAUUGUUGACCAGACUGAUUCACAGCGAUACUGUAAUACGGGCCUUAAUAAAUGUAUAUAAAUUUCCACUCGAUAUUUUCCAUCUACAAUACCCUUCAACUAUACUCAGUUGAGUGAGAUGCCAACAAAAUCUUGAUAUUUACCCAUUCUGUGAAUAGUCGUCGCGUUGCGUCCUGCUUGCUUAAGGUCCCUAAUAUGAAGACGUUGGCUGGAGAAAUAUCUCGUUUAUUAAAGUGCCUAUGACACGAAAUUUCACCCCAAAUGUUUAUGGUUGCAUUGUAAAGAUCACUUAAAAUGACUUAAUAAUUUAUUUUAUAGAAUUUUGGUAACUUUUGGCAUUUGAGAAUUUUGGCGUCACAUCGCAUAAUGAGUUUUCAGAAAAGUAUAGUUUUCUUGACGAAUAUACGUAUCUAAAAAACUUAAAAAUUGCCCUUGUAUAUGUAUUAAUUUCAUAACUGGUAAUUAACCCUCUGUAUCUGUUUGUAAAAAUAUUUUUUCAAUGUAAAAUAUUGCGUUUUCAAAAUGUCAUUAUGCGAUGUGAUUUCACACCGGUGAUAUUUGCAUGUGAAACAAAGUUGAAUAUCUUGCAAAGGAAGCAAGUUACCAAAAUUCUAUAAAAGAAAUUAUUAAGUCAUUUUAAGUGAUCUUUACAAUGCAAUCAUAAACAUUUGGGGUGAAAUUGCGUGUCAUAGGCACUUUAAACGUUCCUCGAUAAACUCUUACCUUCGCUUCUUUAUUAUUCUUAUCACAGAUCUUCAGUUUCUUUUGCAAUGCAUUUUUUAAGAUGUUAUAAUUAAGUACGAGAAUGUAUUCCAACAAGGUAACAAGAACAAAGCCAAAUGAUGUUAGGAAGUAUAUAUCCACAGCUUUAACGUAGCUAACUGGAGGCAUGUUUGAGUUAGUUGCUGACCAUAUCGUGGCGAUCGUUAGCAAGGUAGUUAGGCUGAGUGCAACACGAGCUGGUGUUGCUCUGGCAUCCACCCAAAAUGAUAGUCCUGCUAACACCACAAGGAAUAUACAUGGAAUGUAGACUUGAAUGAGAUAAUAUCCCAAGCGUCUUUCGAAGACAAAUACCGCUUUUAGUAUGGAGUAUUGGCCUGAAAUAUAAUAAUAUAACCGUUACUAGUUAAUAUAUCUUUUAGGCCGCUAACCGGAGCUAACCGCAGUCGGCAAACUUCAAAUAAGUGCUACAAGUUUUCGACAGCUAAGUAGGUAAAGUAGGUAUAUAAUUCAUGUUUGAAAUCACAAAUUGUCCUAUUAUACUUCGAACAGGGAACAGUUGAUCUCAAAGUACUAUACGAUUUGAAGUUCGCCUCAUGCGGACCGUUAGCCGUCUUCUGUGAACGUCAAUCUUUCGUUGCCACUAUAGUGACGGCCGAUGCCUUGCACCAUCUUUGGCUAGUACCUGCAAUAGGAUAUGCAUGUAAACCUAUAUGGCAUUUGAAAAGUUCGUAUAUAGUUGUAUUUUGGAGACUAAAUUUUCUUUUUCACGCCAAUUUCACCUUCCUCGCGUAAUAAUCUAAGGUGUGUGCCUAUACAAGUGGGAAUUUUGUAUAUCUUUUUAUACCUCCACUUUAAUUUUGAUUAUAAGUUUAAACAAUGUGAAAUUAUGUAACACUAUACAGAAGAGGUUUGAAGCUUUAAGGAGGAAAGGCUCCUGGUGCAAUAGAUAGCAAUAAAAUAUAAUUGUUAGCUCACCUGCUACGUAUGUGAGGUUGUAGCUCUUCGUAUAGUAAGAUGUGACGUCAAACUGACUCAAUGUCUUGUCCAUUACACCAAUUGAAUUAUUCUCAUUCCAGACGUACUUAAUCAAGUCUGUUGUGUAGGCAUCUUGAGAAAAUAUGGAGCGAAAUAAGCUGCGACUGAAACGUUUAUAUUGAAUACUUACAUUUUUGACAAAAGAUACUCACAACUUAGCAAAUCAAUGAAACAUGUCUGCUUAUCCCUUGGGUACUUGACUAGAUCCAUUGGACACAUAGCUUUGACGGUGACCCUGAUAUAAAACAACAAAUAAAUCACACGGUGGGCCUGGAAGAACGUUCUUUUUGCCACUCUAAAGCUCGUUAAUAAACGAUCAUGCUGAUGCAUGAGCAAUCGCCUUAUUCUGGAUGUUUACGUCCUUGUUCUGUUACCACGUUCCCAUUGAUCGUUGCGCGAAAUCGUUUUCGGAUUGGGACGGUGGAGUCAGUAGCAAAACGCAAAGGAAAUCAUGAUUGUCUUAACGCCAAUUUUGCAAUUGUUUUCGGAUUUUUGUUUGUUUUCAGAAAAAAUAUGUCAACACAUUGAAUUAGUAAAAGAUUUAUUAUUAAUAGUGAUUUAUCAUUUGUAUUACAAUAUUUGUCAUAAAAUUCGGCUUGCGUCUCGUCCUUCAACGUGCCUUUGCAUGCUGUUCAUGAUCAAAAUCGCCAAAAAAACAAAUUCCGUCAUAAUAACCUUGAAUGAAUGACUUUUGAGUGAGAUAUUACAAAAUAAUGAAAGUGUCCAAAGAGUGAGGCACUGUGUAGUUGCUCUCAGUUAAUCCAAAACGAGGGCGACAAUUUUCGGUUGCAUUAUAAUGAGUGUCAUCGUAACCAUCAACAGAAUGCGCAUAUGUAUGCGCCGGCCAAAUACCAGAAUAUAUGAGGGCUCCUAUAGCAUGCCUUAAAUUAGGCAUCCCUCAAGAAUGCGUAUAGCAAAUUUGAUAAUGUACAUGACAUUAUCUACCUGGCUUACCUUGUUGACCAAAAUACAUCUCCAUUCGGAGAUAUAUCAAUCUUGUGAUUAUUAGUAACUACUUCAUGUAGGUAGGAUGUAACAGCAUUUUCUAUCAUAGUAUCAGGAACCCAGAUAAUCUCAGCAGGAUGUUUCUUACCCAACGUCAUUGUCAGAGUGCAGCCUAGUGAGUUUUUUAAGCGUCUAUCUCGCCAAUUUGUUCUCAGGAAGAAAUCGACUGUGUACGUCUAUAAAAACAUGUAGAAAUUCGACUGUAGAAAUUCAUGUCCUGCAAACAGGAAUAUUAUGAAAUAAUUGUAUGAUUUAACCAAGCAGUUACGAUCGAACUCUUGGUUAAUAAAAAAAACAACACUUUUUAGGUUAAUCAUUCAACAGGUACGUCCGACCGACGAUUGAUUUUCCUGGAUUAAAUAUUUAACCAUGCAGGCUAUGGUAUAGGUAUAAUAGCAGGAUAUAUAUCAAUGGUGAAGUAUAAUUAUAACACCCGCGAGGACUGAAAUUUUAACCAGAGCAUUUUCAUAGUUGCAAAAAAGUAUUCAAACUUCCUCCGGAUAAGUUUUCAAACCUUCCUCAAAAUAAUGUGAAUUAUUGGCUUUCUCAAUUUGCUAAUUAUAUAAAUUAUCAUUUAUGUCAUUCAAAAUCGGCUUCUCAUUCCUAUUUCCUGCGGACUAUAUAGUAUUUUAGCCCUGAUCAGUUGUUAUAGAAUAAGUGUUAAUUAAUAAGAUUUGCGACGAAAAUUUGAAAGUAGACUGCGAGCGGUCCCUCCUUUCCGCGGGUUUAGAUUUCCGGGCAUGCGAAAGGAAAGGAGGGACUGCAGAUAACACAUCAAGAAACGAAAGACGCGUUGCCCACACAACGCAAAAGUCCCAUUGGUCGAAAUCGAUACGCCUGUCAAUCAAAUCUGAUACGUAGUAAUUAUGCUAUAAAUAAUUUCCAGACUGAAUGUUGAUUUUAUAAAUAGACAUAACAUUAACGGUUCCUAUUGGAUAGAUUUAAUUGGAUUUAAGUAAUGUUUAUGCAAAGCGGAGCCAACUUGACAAGAACGAAAAGUAGGCGUAUUUCGUUUCUUGAUGCGUUUUCGGCGGCCCCUCCUUUCUCACUCGAGGGACUGCUCGCGGUCUAAAUUGAAAGCUUCCCGUCACAGCUGGUAUAACUUUCAGUAAAAUGUCCACUGACAAUAUACGAGUCCACAGCAGUGGGAGAUAAUUGGCUACAUUUGGCCAACGCGGUUCUGUCCAGAGCAGGCUUAAGAAAAAGGCUGGUAGGUCGACGAGUUUGCACACUUUAAAAGGUAAAUUUUACAUUUAUAUGUUGGAAAGAGGAGAUUUGAAAAGGUUGAAAAAAUAGGCAUCGGCUUGAAUUACAAUGCUUGUCACGUGGUAGGAUUAGCUCAAUCGUCUUUUCUUAGGAAUAGGCAAACUUGGUUAAAUUGGCAAUUCAUGAGCGUCUUCUGCUACCUCUGCUAUAUCGAUGUGUCUUAAAUUAAACAAUAUACAUGCUGGACGGUAAUAUCUUACCAUAUCUACUUCUGACAUAUCUCUGAAUACAAGAACUGUCAUGGCCAACUUAACCUCUAAUGGUUUACCUAAACAAAAACAUAUGUAUUUCAUUUUAGGUCAUUAGCUAUUUACAACAUCAUCUGCAUUAUAUGAUAAUAUGGUACCUGUAAUCAUAUAAAACGCAGAAACCAUAUGUUGAAGCGGUAAAAUUUAAUUAAGCCCUGCCUUUUUCAUCUGACAAUGGUUGAAACACAUGUCAACCGUGAUAUAUAACGGCGCCUCUUUAAUUUGUAGACAUAACCAUUGUUAUGAGGACUUCUCUUUAUGGCUAUAAUACCAUGUAUGCAUGGUUAUAAAAAAUCCCUUGUAGAGAUAUAAUGUAACCAUUGAGCAUUGGACCACCAUCUGGUGGUUAUAACGAAAUCCCUUUGUACAAAUAGCCAUGGUUGUAAUUAUACCGACAUCUUCUUGCCCACGUUCAGUGACCGAUCACAUUAAGCAUUACACUUCAGUAACCUCGUACCCAGGCUCUUUUCACUACAAAUAGCCUAGGUAUAUGAGAUAACAGUAUUUACAUUACCUGUAUAGCCUAUAGACUAUUUAUCUUCACAACAAUUGUGAUAUUACUUUCCUAUAACUGUUUAUUCUAACCCAAAGUCAUGUCAACUUUCGCUGUGGGAGGGAACCGGAGCACUCGGAGAAAACACACAACUUUCGGCACAUCUUGACAGACUCAUUUCACAUAUCAGACCGUAGAGGCGCUUGUUCUGGUUAUAACACAAUCCCUUAAUUUGUAUUAUGGUUAUAACGCGUUACACCUGAAUUUGUAGACAUUAUAUAUGGCUAUAAUGAUGCACUUUUGUAGAUAUAUUAUAACGGUAUGUGAUACAACAAAGGCAAAAACUUAAUUCAAACAUAUUUCACUUCUUGCCCAAGUUUAUUUUUAUUCUUUAAUUAAUUAGGGCCAUUUUAUUAUAGGAACGUUUAAUGUUACUUCAUAGUAAGUGUUUGAUAGUAUAUAUAGGUUCCAAUUCCUAAGCAAUUACUGACGCUCACCUGAAAAUAUAUUUUCAUAAACUCAACUUACCGUCAUCAAAACUGGGUAUUGUAUGAACAUUGUAUUUUGAAUUGUUCAUUAUUUCUUGCAUAACAAUGGCUGCUUCUCUUGAUGAUGAACAAUACUUUCUAAAAUGUAGAUUGUAGAUCGUUGGUAAAGAUUUACUUUCGCGAUGGCACAUAGAUAUUAUAUUGAUCUACUCGUCUGGAUAUGGGUCAUAAAUUGCGCUCAACACUCUUUGUGCGUGCACUAUAGACACGUGUUCCGUGCUCAAAAUUAAAGGAAAUACACGCUGUAGCAGUUGGAUCUAGAUUCAUAGAGGAUUAGGGUAAAGGUCAGUCGUAUAGAAUUAGGAUAAGGGUUGGGAUUUGGAGCUCACAAACAGCAAGUUAGUCUGUAUACUGCCGCAGCGACAUUUUUUUAGCACAAUUUUAACAAGGGCUUUAUGCCGAUUCUAUACUGCCCCAUGUGAACGGGCAGAAAUCGUCCAAAUUUGAGCACGGUUCCGAAUUCACUUGGUCUCGUAAACUAUAGUUGACCAUAUCCUUGAUUCAAAUUAUUGAUGACUUGUACCGCUAUUGCUGGCAAUACUGGCAAAAAUACUUAGUUAAGUAUGAUUUUUUCUGUGUUAGUUAUGUACUAUUUAAAAAACGAACAGGAGUGUUUUAUUAGGUUUAAAGCCACGAACGCGCAGCGCGAGUGGCUUUAGACCUAAUAAAACACGAGCCGCGAGUUCUUUAAAUGACUUCAAAAACGUAUGCAUAAUAAGUCAAAUCUUUAUAUAAAAUCUUUAUAUAAAAAUCUUUAUAUAAAAACCUUUAUAUAGUUUGCAUAACAAUGGUCUUUUGUUAAAGUGUUCUUUAGCUGGUAUAAAGACGUAUGCACGUGACUAAUUUCUUACUCAAGAUUGGAUAAUUGCUUCAUGAAUUAUUAAUAAGUUUUUAUAUAGAUAUUAUAACUAUGGUCAAAUUUAGCAAAAUUUCUCCCACUCGUGCGGGUUCGUAUUGUCAGCGGACAUCUUACAGAAAGUGGCCAGUUCUGUGUAAAAUGCAAACGUUUCAAUUUUUCACCGCAAGUUCGCUGAAAAUGCGAGCCUGUGGUACUUGGAGAAAAUUUGCUGAAUAUGACCAGCGUGAUAAGCUACAAUAUCUAAAUGAUGUAAGAAUUUGAGGUAAAAUCCUCAACAUGUUUCGCGCAUGGAAAUAAUUAUUUUUGAUCCUGAUCCAAUCACAACCCUGUCAUGCGCGCAACAUUACUAGGAUAUUACAUAUAACCGAAUUCGUUUUGAUGUAUAGAAAGAUUACAAGCCGUACAUGUGUUUUGGUAAGAAAUUCCAACAUAUUAGUCCUUAAUUCACUAAAUUAAAAAUCACAAGAAAACAAGGCGGCAGGUAUCGAGCACAUCCUUUGAAAUCUCUGCAUCAGAUUUGAAAUCUCUGCGAACAACCCGGCAUGCAUGCAUGUAAACAAUAAGUAGAAACAUAUGAUUGGAUGAAUCAAGAUGAAUUAUACCGGCUUUUUUAAGGUUCAUGGCAAUAUUCAAUAAUUAUUCACUAAUUAUUCCUUGUCAAGCUUUAUAGUUAAUUUAAUUUGUCAUUAGCAUGCAGUACACAUGUUAAAGGUAUACUAGCCAGUAAACAUGCAUGUGGAGAUGUGGUAGAGGUUUCGCACUGUAAAUUCUCAUGUAUGCACUAGAUAUUUCUAAGACAAUAAAUAGCUCAGUUGAUUUGCUCCAAAGUUGGUAUAUACCCUAAAGUUGCCACAUUGCCAUGAAUGGAAUUGGUUUGCAACCAAUGUUAUAGAUCGAGGAGGUUCAGAUUUGACCACCGCUACCUCUCACAGGCUUUCAAGUAUUAAAAUACUCAUUUCAUUGGUUAAUCGGGAAGAUUAAAUGCAUCUGAUUAUAUAGUUAAUGCACUUAAUGCCAAUGGUAACGGUAUUGGUAUAGCGGUACGUUUUAACAUUGCGUGUCAGUUGUGUGCAAACUUGUGUCAAACAUUAACAAAGAACAACUGAACAAGCCAAUUUUGCAAAUUAUUCACUGAGACAAACGAUCAGCCUGAUCGUCGUUACUUCAUCCUAAGCCUAAGCCAAAUUCUCAAAAACGGCAUAUUUAGCAAUAAUACAGCUAAACAUUUUAGUCAAAGAGCAAAUAAAUAUAACUAGGCCAUUCUACGAUGAAAUCUCUAAGUAUUUCCAGUCAAUUUUAGCAAAUAAUUUCAAGCACUAAACAGUGAUGAGAAAAAUGCAUCGCAAAUUUCGUUAAAAUUGGCGGCGCCAAUUUCGUAGCUACAAACGUAAAAAAAUACAAAACAAAGGCGAAAAACAUUUACCUUGAAUACUUUGUCGUAGCUUAGGCAUGUUUUUAAAACAAUUAGACCAGUUUAUGCUUCAAUAUUACUCUUUUAAAGCGGAAAAUAUAGCGAAACAACAAAAAUGCCGAGAACGCGUGACGUCACAUAUUGCAACUAGGAAGUUUCCUAUCCAGUUAUUUUACAAUCCAUGGUUUCAUCUUUAUGAAACAUGUAUGAUAUGGCAAAACUAUUUAAGUUUUGUCUCAUUUGAAAGAUCUUUUAAAAUUAUGUGGAAAACGCUUGUAGUUUACUCCUCGAAAUAGUUUGAUCGAAAUCAUCAUAGUCAUGAUCAGUGAGCUGUCCGCCAUCUAUAAUGUCCCAAAAAGCGUGGCCGAAACUAUAUUCGGUCACUAUUUCGAAUAACAAAUUAAUUGAGUGACAACAUUUUAUUUAUCUACUAAUUGUUAUUUAGUCACCUUGACGUCACCAAAACGUACCGCCGUUAAUAAUUAUAUGAGAUAAAAAAAAAACUAAAAAAAAAACUAAGAUGGCGGACAACCAUUGUCAAACUAUUUCCAGAACAAGGCAAGGUUUUAUAUAUUAUUUGGAAACAAACGUACUUUGUAUUGCCAUAUUCCUAAACUAUAAAUGAGCGGAUGAUUAAAUUUCAUCUUGCCAUGCCCAGGGAUUAACAAAAUAUGAUCGAAGUUUAAACAGUAUUGUCACAUCACUAUAACUUUAAAUCAUUGACAUUAACAUGGCAAGAAUCCCAUCCGGGGCAUGAGCUUUGUCAUUAUCGAGAGUUCUUAAUACGGUAUAGCCAUGCCGCCUGGUGUUAAAACAACAUCCCUUCCUUACCUUCUUAGCCCAUUAUAUACAUGUGACUGUAUGCGGGAAACCUGAUUUCUAUUUUUCUAUUGAGAUAGACAAGUCUACUGCUGCUAAGGAGAAUAAUAAUUGAAGACUUGUCCCGAUAAAACCGGCUGCGCUUUAAAGCGGUGUCCGUAAGAUUUAGCUCAAUAAUGAUUCAUCUUACUAUAAAUAGAAUGCCCGUGUCGAAAAUAAGACUGCAUUUUUCUUCUCAUGAUACGUUGCGGCGUAAAUAGAUGUUCGAAAACAACUUGUUUUCGUCAUGAUUUAACCAUCUGUGCAAAGUAGCGAUAAACAGUGCAAUGCCGAUAGCCGUAUCUUGUAAAAAAUCCGACUAGAGCGUCAGAAUGUAUACGAAACAACAGAAAAGGAACUGCCCAGGUUCACGUGGAACUCGAGAGUUCACCUGCUCAGGUUUCACCAGUUCUGUUUCAUAGUCAUAUAUAGAAGUGCAUGUUUCAAGCUUUGAACAACUUUUGUCCUGUUUUAACAAAAAAUGGGGGUGUCCUCUGAUCCAUCCUGAAAUUAUUUUUCUAUGCCCAAAAAAGAAAAAUAUACUUUACUUUAGAUCCCAAUAUCUAAUAAUGGAACUUCUAAAUCCACAAUCCUUGAGAUCUUUUAUAAGAUUAUUUCUAAGGGCUGUCUGGAGUGUACUGCAUGUUCAAUAUUACUUAGGUGAUGAUGCAUUCGAGCAGUUUAGUGUGUGGGUAAAAAGCCAUAUAAUCGGUUUAAAGCGAUAUAAUAAUUUAUAAGCGGUUUAAAGCGAUAUAAUAAGGAAUAUACAGUGUGGAUAAAAAAACUGAACCCUUUCAAAUUCAAAUUAGCCAUAACGUAUUGUAGUAAUUUGACAGCUCUAAUUGCUUUGAAUUAAUGGUUGGGUAAGAACACAAGGUCUUGUACUCACGGGACAAAACUCAAAGAAAUAAAAAUUAGAAAAUUUAAAAGAAAUACUGUAUUUCUUUUAGAUUUUCUAAUUUUUAUUUCUUUGAGUUUUGUCCCAUGGCCAUGAGUACAAUUGAUAGAUACCAGUUCUCGGAUGCACCGGAGGAUGUCGUAUGGUAGAUAAUAACAGCCACGAGGAUAAUUGAAAUGGUCGAGGUAAGCGUUUGGGUCUUAACGACAGCCAUAAAGACUCAAUUUUAGGAUUCUCAAACUCAGUAAGUCUCUUACAAGUUAUAUCACAACUGACGCCCCCGCCAGUCGAAAAUUCACGGUCAUUUCGAAAUAGGAAAAAGAGUAAAUAUUAAUUAAAUACUCUAAUACCUGAGUGAAUAUUAAAAUUCUCUAAUACCUAACUCUAAUUCUUUAUGCUUAGUUACUUUUGUUCUAUUCUAUUCUAUUCUAUUCUAUUCUAUGCUUCUGUAAACUAGAACAAUAGUAAAGUUAUCUAAAGUUGUGAAUUGACGAUUCCCCUCAUUACGUUUUCGUAGCGCUUUGCAUUGUGGUUAUAGUGGUAUCACUGAUAAAGAUAGCGGCCUCGAAUGAAAAUAUUGAAUGUUUUCGCCAAUAUUUUGCUGUUAGCUAUCGCGCGCCUGACCCUAGCUUUUUUUAAAAGUUCUUGCACGGGCAGGAAAAAAAAUAAGCCAUCUUGAAUAUCAGUGACACCACUAUAACCACAAUGCAAAGCGCUACAAAAACGUAAUAAGGGGAGCCACGAUGUGAACAACGCGGGUUAUAGCCAAACUAGUAGUAUAAUUAUCAAUAGAAAUAGAACGUCUCUGUCGGAAAUACGUCACUGUAUUUAGUUUUCUUCUCGUGAUCUGCGUAAAUGGAUGUUGAAGAACAACAUGUUUACUUUAUGAUUUAACAAAUCAACUGUACAAUGCUAGUAGGCGUACCUAUGUGUGCGGUUGGUGCCAGUGUGAUGUGAAGGAUAUACAUGCAAUUGCUUGAAAAAUAUAAACGAAACGUCAACGUUUCGAGCGACGGCCCUUGGGAAGUUUGUAGUGAGUUCCUCGCUAUGAGAUGUGGUCAUGUGACUGCGUAGGCGUGUUUUCCACCGUUUAAAACACAUUAAAUAGGUAGGCGUUUUUUCGUGACUAAUUUCUAAGCCAGUGAAUUUUAAACAUAUGAUGAGGCAAUUCGGUCGAAAUUUUGCCUGCACACCCAUAUGAUGUGAUAGAUAGAUAGAUAUUUUAAUUUGCCCUUUUUGCAUGAUAUAAAAUUAUCAAAAAUAAUGAGAAUAUAACAUUUGGGCUAGGAGUCGUAAAGAAAGUUCUUGGCCCCUAAGUCCUUGAGUCAGUCUUGACCCCAGGGAUCUCUUUGCAAAAAACCCCACAAAAUACCUUAAAGAACUACCUUGUCGUUGCUGACACCAUGCAAUAUACUACGUGUACGAUGUUAUAGAAUUCUCUGUGGUUGGUUGAUUAUAACAAUGAAACACAAUAAAAUUAAAGAAUUUUAAAUUUUCUAAAGAACGAGUCAUGAUCACUUUUAACAAGACCUUUGGAAAUCAAGCUAUUAUUGUUGUUGCUCCUGGGAAUUUACAGUUGCAUGCUUCUAAUCGUAUAUGAAGAAGACUAACUGCAUAAAAAUUGUCAAAUUACUGAUUAGUCAUAUCAUAAAAAUGGUUCAGCUGACCACAGAGCAACGAGUUCUUACUGUUUUAACUAAAAUUCACUUUCGUUCUAUUUUAUACGCACUCGUGAGUUCAAUUUGUUCAGUUGAUAUAAUUAUACACCCUGUAUAAUAAUUUACACAAUAUGGAACAGAACAGUAUAAUAAAUGUGGGUAAAUAAAUAUGGUAAAAUAAACACGCGAUUUCCGAUUAAUUAGGACCAUUUUUUAUAUUCACAAUUAUAUUUUAUAAUGCCAUGAAUUUAAACAGACACUCAUAUCCGCAGACAAUCUUAGAAUUUAACACAAUGCUGUUACUUGAAAAGCCAUGAAGUACUUACUUUUUGGGCGAUGUCCUAUUUUGUCCAUGGUCCUUCCUUUCCGAUGAGUAACUGUCGUGGCCAGUUUUAGAGACCGUCGGUUUACGAGAGGUAUUGUUUAUGUGGAAUGGAGUAUUAUCUGAAGGCAGUGAUAAGACUAAAACUGCAUUUGUGAAUACGAGAACGAGUGUUGUGUGAAACCAUUUCAUCUUUUUGUUCUGAAAUAUGAAAAUAUAACCAGAUAUUUAUUAAGGUGGUGUACAAAGCAAUGCUCAAUAGCUCAAUGUUAGUAUUUCAAUGUGCCUUUGAACUGAUAAAUGCAGUCACGAAAGCAUGUAUCAGCAGGUCUGUCAUUAUUUAUCAUAUCAGUCAGUCGGUCAAUAAUCUGCAGCCAUUUUGCCAUCUUGGGGCCGAUCUCGAAAUCUUAAUAUCCAUAACACUGAUAAGUGAAGUGUCAGAUCUCGAGUAUAAACAUGACAUUCCGUACAAAGUAGAGAGACAGGCUGUUUCAUGCAUGAUCAUCUUACGAAUUAUAAUAAUUUAUAUAAUAAUUUAACCGUCAUGCAUGCUUUAUAAAAACUAUGAUUAUAUAUGCACAAUUGGAUUGUUAGCUAUAUUGGUUACAUGGAAUGACUCUUGACAUGCAACUUGUUAAUUAAGGGGUUGUUUAUAUGAGCUAGUCCAUGCAGCUAUGAGCUAUAGCCAAACUGAAACAAGUCAAAAUUGGCGGGGAAACCUGUUUACCAGUGAAUAGUGUAAGGAAAGAGUUGAAUUCAUGUUUUAUUGGACAAAAUUUCUAUUUAUAAAACAAGAACAACUUAAUAAGAAAUAGAAAAAAUAUCCAUAAUAAAUAUUAUGGUUUAACAAUAAUAUUAUUAUUAAAUAAAUAAAUAUUAUAUUAUUAAAUAAUACGAUAUUUUUAAAUAAAUAUUACAGUAAAUAUUAUUAAAUAAUAGAAGGGUUUUUUGCCAACCCGAUUAUACUUGGCUGAUGAUUUUGCACCGUGGGCGCCCAGUUUGCAUGAUGCAAGUAAUAUUAAAGCUGUAGGCUAUACAUAUGGCCAAAUAUAGCCAUAGAGCCUUAUAAAGUGUGUUAUAGUUUUUAAUGCCCGGGCACAUUCGAAAAUCCUAGUUAGAAUCAUAGUGAAAUUGAACAAGACACCAUUAUAAGACGCUAUAUAUCUACAACAUAUAUUUAAACUUCUUAAAUAUUGCUUCCCCACAUGUAUGCAACAUAAAGGUUCAAAAUUAAAAUGAAAUUUUGUACUGAUACUCAUGACAUGGACCUCGAAUGGGCCGGGGCUUUCAUUAUCAUAUAUCGUAUAAUUAUCAUUCAUUAAAUAAUUCUACAUAUCAUAUACAGAUAUACAUGACUACAGCGGAAGUGAGUAGUUUCGGGUUUUUUAUGGAUAGUCCGGAUCGGUCAUUCACACAGCGUAUCUCCUCCACAGAGGUAUCAGUGAAGUUCCAUUCCUGAAGUGCGCAUGAGUUUUACGAGGUCAUUGCAGUAUAUCAACACCGAUUUUGCGUAAAAAAGCUUCAUACUUUCUGACUAAUUUAAUUACCUGAGAGAUCAUAAGGGUGAACGCGAUAGCAAUCUAGUGUAGCCUUUAUAAGUGCAAAGAAUGCACAUUUUUGUCAUUAUAUUAUGAAGCCCCAUAUUGUUUUCGCAUGUGUGUUUUCACCAUAUUAAUUAUCAUUACACUAUUUACACAUAUAUACAUGCAUGUAUUGAUGUCAUUCUUCCAGCAUUUGCCCAGGUUGUACUGUUACUGUAGCAACUAUAACUAUUGGAUCGAUAUGACUUUAGAAACUCGGUUAGUGGCGUAACUCUCUAUUCAGAUGACAUUUUCCGAAUCAAUUUAUCUGAAAACUCGUAUACAGCUAUUUCAAUUAAUGUUGUCCACGAGCAAAGCGGAAAAGUCGAAUACGAUCGCGAAAGGCUGCUGGGAUUAAUCGCUAAUAAAUUCAUUCAUUCCAGGGCGAUUCCCAGCAGCCUUUCGCGCUCGUAUUCGACUUCUCCGCUUUGCUCGGGGGACAACCUUAAUUGAAAUAGCUGUAUACAGUUUUUGUUUAGUUAAGCGCAAGUUGAAUGAAAUCAUGUAGCAACAAUUUAGCGUCAUAAAUGAGACUCACUGAUAUACCAACAGGGGCAAAUUUUCAUCAUUCAUUAAAUUGCUCAAAAUGCAUUUAGUUUGAUAUAGAAGCUUGAUACCUUUUAUAUCUUCGCCUGCGCAGUAUAAUAAUGCUAUCGUGUGUGCAAGUGUGUUUGCGGUGUGUAUGUGUUUGCAGCGCUACCUUUCGGAGACAAUUAACUAGUAUUUUUUUGCCUACGUCACCUUUCCGAAGAUAAAGGCAACCUAAAAAUCGUGCUUCCUAUAGUCCAUAUACAUUAUUGUAACUAGUUCCAGGGCCGGUUCGACCGAUAUGUCAUUGGCGGGGGAGGGGUGAAAACAAAACGUUGGGCUCCUUCGGUGUGUCGUUAGGUUUUGGGCUAGUGGGCUAGCUAUUCUGGUCUAGUAGGCUAGCUAUCUUCGCGAUGCGAUGUGGAAAUAUAUGCGUUUUAAGAAUUUUGGAGUUACGGGUCAACUUGGAAGCUGUGUGGAGGUUGGGGUGGGGUGGAAGAGCUUACUGGCGUCUGCAUGGAACUGGAGUAAUUAAUUUGCUAUCAACUUGAAAAGUACUCUUGAGGCUACAUUAGCUAUUGAGCUAAAUUCAAAACGUAUUGUGGUAGUAUCUGCCUGAGUUGUACACCUGUUAGAGUUUGAUUGCUAUUUUGGUUCCCAGGUUACUGAUUUCGGGUCGCUUGGUGAUCCCUAGAAUCUUAUGCCUACCCCACUUUCCAAGAUACUUGAGCGAAAAUGCGCUAAAUUUUUACUUGAGCGAAAAUGCGCUAAAUCAUCAUCAGAAAUCCAGGGUCAACUUGCCUUUGGCCUGCAUGGGUCAACUUGCCUUUGGCCUGCAACCUGACAGGGCCUGGACGCCGUUCGCUGACUACGAAUUUCCCUUGCCCUAGCUUGGUGUCGCGCGUGUACACCUGUAUACGUAUAUAGUCUCUUUGUAUUUGACGAUCAAAAUGUUGUGCUUUUAAACGAGAUAAAUGGUAGUAAUAAUGCGAAGCGCGUAUAUUUUUCUUGCAGUUAGUGCGGGCACCGAAAUAUUGUCAUGGAUCGCAUGCAAGCGAAGUUUCUAAUUCCAUCGCAAAUUGUGUGGCAUGAAUUGCAGUAUAUUCUUUACAUUGCUCAAUCAUGUCAUUGAACAGAGCGAUUGUGACAUUGCGUCCAUACAUCAGUUCAGACAAUAAUUCAUUUUAAUAAAACUGGUAUAAAUACUUUAAAUAAUAGAAUUAAAAAAGGAAAAUAGAAAUGGGAAAAAAAUCUUAUGCGUAAUCUGAAGUUUGAAGCGCGUUCCAGUUUGUAAUGAUUGGAUCUGAGUAUCGUAAUUUAGAAAUGAACACAUGGCUCAUAAGCCAGCUGUCACAUCAUUGAUAAAAAGAUACCACCACUUUCUUGUUGUUAAUUAAUUUCUUGGAUUUUGGAAAAUGUUUUAUUUUGUAAUUCGUACAAACAUGAACUCAGAAGAACAUGCGAAGGUGCACGGGCGACAGUAGAGAUGAAAUUGGUCUUGCCCUGCUUAUUAAUGGCAUUCGUUUCGCAUGGAGUAUCUAUAAUAGUCACAUGUGCACAAUUUGAAAUAAUUCAAGGUGAUGAUGAAAAAUACUUAUGUCUGCCAAACGUCCCUUUACGAUAAAUUGACUAGGCUCUUCGUAUUACUUCAUGUCAUUGAUUAAACAAUAUAACUAUAUUAAUUUAUGCUCUUCUCCAAAAAAACUGACUAGUUUCUCAACUGAAUAAACUGCAUAUUUUCAAUUUUUGAAUUUGGUCCUAAAAACGUAUAGCAGUCUGAAAAGUUUGUCUGGGCAAUCGUGUAUAACCUGCACAUGCAAGACAUAAUCGGUAAACCAAUUCUCCCAGGCUCCCAUUUAUCUCUUUCUGCGGUUGAUAUUGCUCUCGUAUUAGCUGUAAAUUAUUAUUUUAGCUAUAUAGCUAAUUAAUUAAAAAAAUGUUAGUUAAUGUUGCCUUUGCAAACCUUAAAUUCUAAACCUUAAACUCUAAGCCUACAAAGCAUAAUGGGAACAUCAUUUAAUCAGUUUAGAAAUCAUAACUGGGGUCCAUUUCUCAGAGACAUGGUAAAUAUCUCCUUACGAGAACAAUUCAUUCACAAAUAGCUGCAAUAAUUCAACUACUAACGGCUUGAAAUUUGUUCUCCCAUUAAGCUUUGCGCGCUUAGAGUUUAAGGUUUAACGUUUAGAGUUAAGGUUUGCAAAGGACAACCUUUUUUGAAUUGGCUGUAUAUACCUUUGUGCAAGCUUCAGAACGACUAGGCUGACAAGGCAGGGUUUAGCCUAUAGUAGCUCUCUACUAUGCAUUCACUGGUUUGCAGGUAACUCUGGAACGGUUGGAUAUAUUUCAGACGAAUAAGUGGAAAAUUGCAUCACAAUAGAGAAAAUACUAGACUUGGAAAGUCGAUGAAAGCAUCUAUUGCAUAGUAUUCGCGGUCAUAUCAAGGAAUAUUACAAAUAUAACCACAAAGUCUUAUAUAUAGUACCACCUGAUAUCAAACUAUAUGGGAAACAAAAACAUGGGACUAACCCACACUACAUAAAUCAACCACCGAAUAAGCUGGCCGUAUACAAUAUUAUUCAAUACGCAGGUGAUGAGGGAAGACCAACUUUUUCAUCAUAAACAUUAAAAAUAACAUAGACAAUGAGGCAUAUUGUACUUGCUUCGAGUCCUGUACAUGCAAUAUAUACCCAUGCAAUUAACCAGCCCCAUGUAUCACCGGCUAAAAAAAUACGUUGACAGUAUUUUACAAACAAUCAAUGUUUGGUUCCAUUAUGAAAACCUUGUACAAUGACCAUUGGUUCGAAUGUACGUUUUAGUUGAAAAGUUUGUGUGUUGGUCCCAUGGUUUUGUUUCACAUGCCCGCCCCUUGGUAUUUGGAAAUGGAAUAGCUCAAAUACGAACCACAUGGAAAUUAAGAAAUUGAAUGCUGGCAAUAGUGGCAAUACGUACAUAAUAAUUAUGGCAUCACUUAAAAAUAUAACACAAUUUAGAUUCUGAGGUCAGUUUAUUGCAAUUUCAGACUGUGUGUGCUUUUAUAGAUCAUAUGCAGGACACACAAAAGGAACAAAAUCUUUCCUUUUAUCUGAUUGGAAUUUUUAAGAUUGUCAUCAAUUUCGAUUUUCGAGUAAUUUGUGCUAACCGAUCACUUCAAUAUAUACCAAUAGAAAAGGUAGACCUCUUCUUGUGGUUCACUUAGUAAUGUUUUCUGAAUUCAAUUAUAAUCAAGGCGUAGGCUUUCGUAAGGCUAAACACGAUUCGUAUUCUGGCGUAUUAAAAUGAGUGCUGGCGCCAUAAUUCAUUGCCGUUUCGUUAAAAAGAAAUUUCAAAUGUAGCCAGCUUACUCUACGCGUGUUUACUCAAUGACAUACGCCAGAAAACGAAUCAUACACGAUUAAACGCAGCGUGUAGACGUAGUUUAAUACGGGAGUUUUGCUUGGUUCAUUUAAUUUAGCGCACAGCCCUACCUUUAAAUAAUUGUAUUGUGCGUGCUAGAAGGUUUAAAUACUUCUUGAGACAAUACUGGCAAUGUCCACUUAUAUAAACUUUUAAUUAUGGAAUAAUGUAUUGAAAUCGCUUUAUUUGUUCAAAAUAUUAAGUUGAGCUAGUGAAUAUUUUAUGUUUGUGGCACAUAGGCUGAACCAUAUAGCCUGUCAAGAUAUGAUCUGCGGGAAGCCCGGCGAACUUCAAAGCCACAAAAUAGAAGACCUAUAUGUUUGAUGUUGAACUGUACCUCAUCGUGCACGAAUCCUUUGUCCCCACUUUAUGAAUAUUAACUAUCCAUCAUUGUUGCACGUUUCACCUCAGCUAUCCCUAUUGGAGUAUUGCUUCAUUAUGUGAAAAUUCAAUGAGCUCGAUUACCGCGACAGUGCACAAAUUAACAUAGAGUCUCAGACAAAAACAUAGUACAAUGACUUCUGUUUAGUUUCUAGACCAUAUCUAGAUAGACGUCUGCUGAACAUGGCUGUUAUCUUGUACAGACAUUUUAAUCAUAAAAAAUCACUAUUUAAGAAUUUCCACUCAUCUUAGAUAUAAUACAGAAUUUUUUUUAUUAUUGAAAUCGGCAUUUGCUAUUGGUGGACACAAGUUUUAGUUCGAAAGUUUGAUUAUCGCUACAGGGAAUCAUCUUGGUUACCACCCAUGCACUGAUAUUCUGAGAUAAAAAUUGGUUGUUAAAAACAAAAUGAUGGCAAACAAGAGAAUUCAGAUAAGAACGCACGUACAAAAAAAUGCUGAUGAUACGUUGGACACUAUACUUAAUGAUAAAUCUUAUACGAUUUUAUGCGUUGGCGUAUUUUAUUGCAAUUGUGGAUAUCUAUAAAAAGCAGUUCGCAGAUUGUGUGCUAAUUCACGAUAUUUGCAUUACAGAUGAGCAAAGACAGAAAAUAAAAGAUAGCAUGCCUUUUAUCUGAUUAGAAUCUUUCUGUUUUAACAUUGUCGACAGUUGCGGUCCUACAAUUGGAAUGAGGAUGGGUUGCAGUGUGUUUAACAGCACUACAAAAUAAGUUACGAUGCCGGAUGGUUACAAAACAUAGUUUCUUCUUCGACAAAAUCCUAAUCUUUCCCAAGCUGGCAUGGCUAGGUCUCGCUACCCACCCUUUGAUGGCAUCGAAAAUGUAAGAAAUAAUGUAUUGUACAUGUCCUAGAUAUCACAAACGUUCAGGGAAAUAUCACAAACUUUCGGACGAACAAGUUCAGUCUGUGUCAUGUCAUCAUUUCAUCUGCACUAUGUCAUAAAAGAUAAAGGAAAAUCUUAAAAUCACCAAAGGAUUUAUGUAAUCUCUUAUAAAUUAUGUAUUGCAACGCCAACAAAUCUCAGUUUUUUAUUAUUUUCCUAAUAUAUACCCUUUUAUACCUUAUUAAUAUUUUGAUUAGCUUGCAUCUGGGUGAAGAAAGAAUUUCGUAACUUUUGGAUUUGGAACUGCAUGUUAAACUUUCUUUCCCAAAGUGCGUGCAGACUUAUGAGUUUCCCAAUUCCGUGAUAUUUAUGCACGUUAUUUAUUUUUGUAGGUCCAAAAUGACAAUAGUUCUAAUAAAUCUUAUAAUUUUUACUAUAAUAAUUUAAUAUUCUUCGAUUUAUUGACUCGUGACAUAUCAUUUCUCAAACGUAGGGCUGCAUGCAUGGCAUGUUUUUUGUUCAGAACUAUCCAAAGAAAACUUCGAACCGCUCUUAACUGCUGAUCAACGUACCUUUCUUAAAAAAUAUUGGAAUCUUCUACGUUAUAUUUAUAUAGCAUAAAUAGAUUUUUACCACUUCUACCAUGAGCCCCUGGCUCGAGUGAUUGGGCAACCACACUCGACAUUAAAUAAAUUAUUUUAUUAUAUAGUAGAGAGUGAGAUACUGAAAAAUACACAGUGAGAUAUUUUCCAUAUCUUCACUAGUGAGGAUAUCGAUUACGUGACUUUUUCCAAUUUGCUUUUGAGCGUGAAAUUUCACAAUUUUUUGCUUGGGACUAUAUAAUAAACAGAACAUUACACGGUGGCUUACGAAGAUAAACUCGAAGAUAGAAGUCAUCUAUUCUUAAGUAUAUCAUCCAAGAAAUUCUUUAAUCAGUCUGUUCGUUACGGCUGACAAAAUAAAUUUAACAAAAUAAAUGUUAAGUCUAUAAUAUAUAGUCUUGACAAGAGACAAUUGCUAUAUAAAUUAUCAAAUUCCUUCAAAACAGAACCAUUUGAAAAGUUAGUUAUAUAGGAAUGCAGGGGAAGAGGGAAUAACGAGAUAGAAUUUUUUCAAAAAAUUUGCAAAUCUGAAACAAUAAAAUUGUAAGUAAUGAUAAAUACAAGCAUCUAGAAUGCAUUUUGGUUUUGCGCUUUGUACAAUAAUCAAAAUAAAUCAAAACAAUGAGUGACUGCAUGCGUAGCCGGAAUUGCAAAAAAAAACAGUGAGACUAUCAAAAUAAAAAAUAGUGUGAAACAUUCCGAUCACUGAUUCACGACUGGGUGACAAUGUUAUUUGCUACAUGUUACAGAAAGGGCCCUUGUUUGAGAUUCUUAAGGUGGAAAAUUAUGGGCGGUGUUAAAUUUCUUUUUAAUUAGAAUAAUAUGUUGAAUAGUAGAUACUUACCUUUUCGUUGCCUGAUGAUAUUUCAGCUAUAUAUUAAAUUGAUGGAACAAAGUUAUCUGACAGGUGUAUAUAUACUUCAGUAACAUUCAAUAUACUGCUCUUGACGAAAACGUAAUAAUUAAUUAAAAAUUCACGGUAUUUUUGUUUUAUAGCUACUCCUGAUGAGCUUAAAGAUUAAUUAAAAUUUUACUAAUUAACCGCAAACGGCAGGAAUUUCCACAAUCCGAACAACAAACAGCAUCUAUAGUUAUCCUUCAAAGAACUGCACUGUACAAUAUUGAUUGUACGUACUGCAUAAUUCUCUGUUAUUUAUUUACACCAUGGAAUUGGCGGAUUGGCAAUAGUCAAUUAUGAUUGUGGCAAUGCAUGUAACUUUCAAAAAUAGUUUCAUCAAAGAGCACUUUGAGUUUCAUCAUGAACAUUUUAAUUAAGUAUUUUUAUUUGGUGUUUAAAUUAGGUCAACUAUUGUCGGACCGGUAUAAUCCUGUUUUGGUCAUGUUUUGUCAAAACUCCAAAAUUAAAACUAUAUCCAUAAAAAAUUAAAAAGUCCAUUGUAUUUCCCGGACGAUAUGAAGAAAAAGCUGUUAAACGAACUGCGUAAUUCUCAUGUUAUUUUCAGGGUCUUUAUGUUAAAUUAGUGUAAUGAAUGGUGAAUAGCAAUGCAAUUUCCGAACUUAUUUUCAUCACAGUUUCAUCAUGGAUAUUUCAAGUAGUUUUAUUUCGUGUCAUUUAAUUAGGUCGAAUUAAUUGUUGGACUGAUAUGUUAAUGCUGUUUUUGGUCAAUUUUUCAAAAUUAAAACUAUCUAUAAAAGGUCCAUUAAUUGUAUCUCCCGGGCGACAUGAAAGAGAAAAGUAUUAAACAAAUCUGCUUGGGAGGAUGAUGAUGCCCUGACUUGAAUUUGUUAUACUCCUUAUAUUAAGAACCUGAACAGAUGAAACUAUUUAAAAUCUGGCCGUUUUUUCGGUGCUGUGAAAAAAUAGUAAUUUGUGCCAAUGCAUGGGUAUGUUCUUUAGCACCCAAUAGAUGACUUGUAUUAACGGAUCACGUGACCGUAAUAAUCUACGUAAAACUAGUAGGUAUGGCUGUGAUUUUGUUUUGAAAGUUAGAAUUGUUUUGAAAGUUGCAAUGCUCUGGUCUUAUAGCAGUCAUUAAUUAUCGACUAACAAUAAAAGGAUUGCAGAAUAUAAUUCCUUUAUAUGUAACAGAAUAUAAUUCAGAAUCUCUUUUAUUGUUGGUAAAACGACCAGGAACACAACACAUAAAACCGCCAUUUCUUUUACUCGUACUGGUCGAUGAAAGCGGACUGUUCUCAUUACUUUCAGGGCUGUCAAACCUCUGAAGACCAGUGCAGGAGUUCUGAAAAGAUGUAGAACUAUAGGGUCGUCAUUGGCUCACGGUUAAUCUAUUAACCGUAACUAGUGGCUUGAACAGCCUCAAAAAGACGACAAAGGACAGCAGCACACUAGCAUUCUACAGUAGCCAUGUUGAAUUGUUUUUAAUUUUCCCGCCGUGACUACUAUUAGGGAGUUUACGAUCUACGACGCGACUGGCUCGACGACGCGCUUUCAAAACAAAAAAAUUUGGUGUUUCCACAAACAAUAGUAUUAUAUGUUUUAUUGCUAUGCAAACUACAAAGAACUUACAAAGAAAUUUGCCAUGCAAGACAAAAACUGGUGGUCCCAGGAGUUGACUGAACUCGUGGUCCCAGGAGUAUCGACUGUAUUGUCAACCGCGUUGUCAUUCUCAACACAACGUUAAACAAGAUUAUUAUGUCUUUCAGUCAACGUGAAAGCUUAAUGCGACCCAAGAGGUGUUACUUAAAGUCGAAAUUACAGCAAACAUUGCAUCGCUUCAGCCGAACGUAACCUCCCUCCUCCGCAGAGGCUUUUAAGAAUAUGAAAUUCGAAGGAAUUGAAAUUGCGCUAGAAAGUAUCUGGUAUGAAGACAACCGCUGAAAAUCGGCGCGCGGGCUAGGGGAAGGAAGGGAAAAAAUAGCGGAAGCUUCCCUUCCGGCCUUCCCCUCGCCUGCGCGCCAAUUUUCAGCGGUUGUCUUCAUACCAGAUACCUUCUAGCGCAAGCGCAAUGUCAAUUCCUUCGAAUUUCAUAUUCUUUAAAAAUUAAAAGCCUCUGCGGAGGAGAGAGGAACGUAGCAGUUUGUAAGGUCAUUUGAAAAAGCGUGAAAUAUUUUUUACAGUAAUCAAAUUGCUUACCGCUCAUUCUUGAGCUGAAAUUUAGACCGCGUCGUUGAGCCGGCCGCGUCGUAGAUCGUAAACUCCCUAAUACCAGAAUGCCCAGCGCGCAUUACGCCUUGUGACGUCAUUAUUACUCUUCAGGACAACAACACAAAAUGCGACAGCUUAUAUGUAUUUUCCUACUUCCAGAGUAAAAUGAAUGAUCGAAGUAGUACUGAUCAGCGUGUAUCACGACCUGGCCACUCGAGGUCUAUGAAUGGACGCAUGCGCAGAACUGACUAUACUGCAUCUUUAAACGUAUUGUAAGAAAGAGUCACCAUGUUGUCCGACCACUCAAACGAGGGCCUAUAUAGCAGAAUUUAUUUAUUUAACUUCAGCCGUCAAUACAAAUAUAAACAUACAGUAAAACCCCGCAAGAAAUAAAUCAAGAACCUAGAUUUUCCACGUUAAGCUACGGAUACACGGGCAAUACUUUUCUGGCGAUCAUCGCGAGAAAGAAAUUGCUUGUGUAUCAUGCUCUGCGACGGCAACGCAAAGCUGCGCGCAAUCGUUGCCGAAAUUUCAAAUCAUUUGAUUUUCGGCAAUGAUUGCCGAAUAUUGGGAGGUGUGGUCAAGGAAGGUCAAGGUUGAUGAAUGACACGUCUCUUGACCAGCCAAUGAAAAGCGUUAUGAAGACAUAUAUUGCAGGUGAAAUAUUGCAGGUGUAGCUACCUUGUGCAAACGGCAACGCAAUGCUGUUAUCACCCAUUGCGUAACCAUCGCAGCAAAAAUAUUGCUCGUGUAUCCGAAGCUUUAGACUAAACAGGUUCUUAUGUAAAUUGUGCUUACCAGGAAAUUAGGCUAAACAGGUUGUUAAAUAGGUUCUUGUUUUCUUAAGAGAAAAGCGACUCAUUUUAGGGAAGUAUAUGGUAUAUACGAUUUAUAUAAAUUAUGCACAAAUGAUCUAAAAAAUGACAGUAUAUGCACUAUACUAACCCUACAUGCACUAUACUAACCCUACAUGCACUGAUUUAAUUUUGACUCUAUUUGAUAAUAUAAAAAUCUGUUUUGAAAUUCUAGCCUGAACAGGUUCUUAUUUAAAGGGGGGGGGGGGGUCUAAAUAGUUUUAGCCUAACAGGUUCUUAAAUUCUAGGUUCUUAUAUGCGGGGUUUUACUGUAUACAAACAGGAAGACCGUUCAGGAACACUAACACAGCGUGAUCCAAUUACGUUAGUGACCUGUUACAAAACAAAUAUACACGAAACUUCACAAUAUAAUAUAAAUAUCAAACAAGAUUACAGUAUAGUCCCUGCCUCGUACCCAUGCAGGCGCUAUGUGUUGUUCUAAGGCUUGCGUGCCCUUUGCUUGGCCGCGUGGAUUAAUUUGAUCGACGUAAACAAACCAAAGCGCCUGCAUGGAUACGAGUCAGUUAUGAUUAUAGUCCUUUUUAUCCGAAGUAGAGAGAGCAUAAAAAUUCAAUACAAAAUUAUAAAACACAAUAAAUGCGAGAAUAUAUAGAUUCUGUAUCCGUCGAACUCUACAUCUACUAUAUUACACUGAAUAAUUCCAAGUUAUAGGAAACUAUGUCGGCUUUUGAACAAAAGUAAAAAGUUGAUGAAACAAGAAAAUAGUUAAGCACAUCUGCACGAUACGACUAGUCGUAUACGAUUCUUAUCAUGGUGUAUGUACUUGGCUGAUUAAUGUGUCAAGAUGUCAUCUCAAAUUUCGCCAUUAACUGAUGAACAUGAAUAGUGGCGCUAGCAUUCGUUUUCAUACGCCAGAAUGACAAUCGUAUACGACUAUAGUCCUAGUCCAUCGUGAAAAUGGGCCUGCGGUUAGCCUAAUGGACAACACGAUUAUUCUGGUAAACCUUUUCAUACGACGAGCCAAGACUACAAGUCUAGACAAAGAUCUUAAAUAUAAUAUUGCUUGUAAUGCUUAGGAUCAAGAAAUUACAAUUUUUUAGAGAAAUGCUUGACAGCAAUUGUGAAGUAAUUAAUAUUACACUUAAGAUGCCCAUGUUCGAGGCAGGUGCUUCGCCUCGCAAGUAGACUGUCUGCCACGCAUGCAGCCUAAUCGCUUUCCUGUAGAAUUUGCGUGCAAGCCUAGCGGUCUCGCAGUAUACGAGUGAUCUCUAUGUGCAAUUGGACUACUAUUUUUUGUGAAAUCCGUCCGUAUAGUUAAAUUUCGUUAAAUUUCAAUGACUUGGGUUCGUGCAAAUAUUAUUUUAAUGAUCUUGGGCAUGCAGUUGUUAUUUGCACUAAACUAACUCCCCCCCCCCCUUUUCGAAAGAGAAAAGAACAAGCCUUCUGUAAAAUUAAAUAGUCCUAAAUCAUGUUAUAAGGUGUAAUAUUCCGGCGAAAAUUGGUCAAUAUACUGUAUUUCAGUUUUUCUAAAUUCAUCCUGUAUGUAUACAGCACUACUUGGUGUAAAACAACCCGCGAAAUUGCGCAAUUUUUAGCAAUGAAAACUCAGGGAAUCCGUAUAUAUAUAUAUAUAUAUAUAUAUAUAUAUAUAUAUAUAUAUAUAUAUAUAUAUAUAUAUAUAUAUAUAUAUAUAUAUAUAUAUGUGUGUGUGAAGUUAAAAUUGUUCCUCAAGCAACUAUGUAUAUAUUCAGAAAAUAUCUGAACGGGCUAACCGGAAUCGAACCCGUGUCUGCCGAUUGCCGGUUCGGUUUUACCACUAUACUAUAGGGUUUCAGACAGCGAUGCGAUCUUAACUAGAGUCCUGGUUCCUACCAUUCAUGCAUGCAUAUGUUCCUUUGUAUACUUGAAAGCUCAUGAUACUAUUUUCUUAUUUUCGCAUUACAAAAUAGUGUGAUGACUUGACCAGUAUACGAGACUAAUAAAUUGAAAAAUAAUGUUCCUAAUGUUCCACAACAAUAUUAUAUAUACAUACCUGAAAACGCUUUUCCUGAAAGUCCAAGUUAAACUACAAUAUAGGCUAUGAUUUUUUGUUUGAAUGAACAUAGGCCUAAGGCUAAGGGUAAAAUAUUUAUUUUUUGCUAAUUUAACUGAAGAAUGAUCUAGAUAUUAACAUAUUUUUACUUGCAUGAAAACGUUAGUGAACCGUUUAUACAUAAGUGUACAUCUAUUGUCUAAUCGUUAUUUGGAGACGCUCAAGAGGGCAAGAGCCAAAUAUAUACUUAAUACGGUUUAUCGAGAAAUGCCUGAAACGGAAUAUUGCUAUACAUAUAUACCGCCUAUAUGCCGGCAUUGUUUCAUUCAAUUUUAGCAUUCAUCCAAUUUGUCAUUACAUUUACCGAAAUGGAAAACAUGUUUGCACUCUAAAAUAUUGUGUGUCAACAGUUUUGCACAGCAAAGUCAAAACUCAAAUGGAAAAAAAUAUUUUAGUUUUUUUUUUUCUUUUGGCUUACCUUUGUUUUCAGUGUGUAUUCUGUUGGUUUGUCUUUAUAGCUUUUGUUUCGGAUAUUUGGGAGCAGCAGCUGAUAGUGUCACUUCACAUUAAUCUCAGUAGGCUGGCGCUUGAAUUAAUUUGACUCUUCACAGCUUACUGUAAAAACAAAAGCGAUUUAACGGGUUUUUAAUAACGAUCCACUUCAGUUGCUUCUUCGUGUAAACAACUUGGCACAACAUUUUUUACACCGAAAUACAUAUACGUGUCUACGGACUAUAUUAUGGCUAGCUUAAGGAGUUAGCUCACAAUAUGUUGGCUAUAACAAUAAAGUGCAUAUAUAUAUGUAUAUACAACCUAAUUAACAUGAGGAAUGUUUUGCAAUUUGCGUAUUUAUGUAUUUCACAUCAGACCACUUGUUCCAUUAGUGUAAUAUCAACUCACAUGCAGUUGUCAAUAAUCAUAUGUAUACUCAACGCAGAAGAUAAAUUUAUAUUAGGGGAUUCAGUGGCGUAACGGAGUAAGAGGGGACCCUUAGGCAUAUUUGAUGUGGGGGCUCCUGUUGACUGUUGUCAUUGUUUGACUGAGAUAUUAUAUUUGUAUUGAAUAUUUAUAGAAUGUUCUGGAAAUUCGGUGUCUAUAACAAUAACAGUCUCCAACAAAUGUAACAACUAAUAAGAAUAACUUGUUUUAUUUGAGAUGGAAUAAAAAAAUGAGCCACCAUUGUCGACGGAGGCUUUAUUAUGCAGCAUUAUUAAUUUUGCAUUUUCCCAUUGAUUCUUAAUCUGCACUGUUUACGUUUUCUAAUUUUCUGGGCGAUAUAGACCGUGGCUGAUGGGGCCCCCCUACCCAAUGAGGGCUGUACACGGCUGUAUAUAAUAUAAUUAUAAUAUAUCCAUAUGUGAAUGUGUACUGUAGAACCGUAUGCGGUUGAUGCGGAGCUGAAAUGAAGGUAUUCUUUCUUUUCGAUUAUUUAUUCCUGACAUUGAGAUGAUAAUUUUCACAAAUUUGAGGAUCUCUUUAACCACGCGUAAUGAUGAUCCGACAUGUAAGAUUAUACGUUUUGUCGUAAUUUGAAGACGAUUUUUUAAAACAAGCUAAAGCUACGUUUACACGCUGCGAUUUGUCGGGCCGAUUUUGCUUGCUGUAUGUAAAUAACCUGUCGUGAGUACUCGCGUCAGCGCCUUGCGAUUCACAAAAUCAGGAGAAAAAUCUGUAACAAAGCACAGAUUUUUCUCACGAUUCAACGAUUUUUCUUCCUUUGUAAAGUUGUUGAAAACUUUUCGCACGCAGAAAACUAUAAUAUAAACAGACGAGAGAGCGGACAGCUUCAAUUGAGCGUUUAAAUCGCUAAAUGUCGAAGAAGGGGCAACGUUUAUUUGCCAAAAUCGGCCCGACAAGUCGCAGCGUGUAAACGUAGCUUAAGAAGGUUGAGAUGUUCUAUUUACUACAAAAUCGGUAUAUGUCACUGAUAAUUGCAAGUGUCACAAUUGAAUGCAAUGUCAGAAUUCAGAAUGGAAUGUCAGAAAACUGAAGCCGGGGAAUGUAUGUAAGCAAACAGUCAAUGCAGUUUCACGUUCGUGAUUUCAAACAAGUACGGCUGCCGUGCCAUCUAUUCUUGGGUUUCACUACUGCAUUAUGCAGUGAAUCUGACGGGGGGUCAGCCUCAAAUGUAUUGUACUAUUGAUGCUUAUGCUGUACUGGAGUGAGAAAAUGAUAUGAAAUUCCAUGGAUUUGCCACCGAACACAAGGCUAAUAUACAUAAAACGAACAAUCGACUCACUCUGAUAACUGUGUUUUGUUUUAGAGGUGACCCCCGUCACUUCUGUGACGUCAUAUGAAACCGAAGAAUAACGGCUCGAUUUAUUUCCGGUUGGCGUUCGUGUAUCAAAACGGGCUUUUUUAUAAUUUUUAUGCCGCCGCGAACUCAAGAUCCCCCCGCACCCGGGCCGCAAUCAUGCAUACAAACGAUUUCGUCCUAUAUAUAUAUAGCCUCCAUCGCAGGCAAUUCUGCAUAUGGGUUCUAAUACGGCGUAAUUUUGUCAAAUCUCCGCCGGUACAAAUUGCGGUAAACCUCGGUUUACCACUCACCAGCUAUACAUAGGCUAAAUAUAUGACAAUAUAUAAUAAACCGGCAUUGCGUUACUCCGAGAUUUAACGAAAUUUUGGCGUUUGGGAACCCACAUGCAGAGUUGCCUCCGGAGGAGCGUACCGCGGCGUGGUACCUGUCGAUUAAAUCUUUCAAUUCAAAUUGUUGUCUAGCAAUUAACUUAAGUUGAGUUUUUUUGUUCAACGCCAGAUGCAAGUUAACUCUGGUCAAGCCAUGCAAUCGUGUAAGGGAUUUUUUUAUUAUUUAAGCUUAUUUACUCACAGCUAGCCUUUCAGGUGCGUGUCUGUUUUUCAAAAGGCCGUGUACACUUACUACAAAUUAUUAUAAAAAUAUCAAAGUUAUUAACAAUAAAAUAAUCAUGUAUAACAUACACUAUUUACAUAAAACGUAUAUAUGGUUAGGCAUGAUGACCUCCCAGUUCAAAUACACAAGCCAUCGUUUAGCUAGUCUCUUGAAAUAACUGCAUGAUAUAGAAGUUUAUUAUUGGAAGUUUUCCCAUUAAAAUUUGGUUCCAUGAUACAGCUCAUCUAUAUAGGAGAAGCUUCGUUUUAAAAAAAAUUGUCUUAGCUAGGUUUUGGUUGCUUUUUUAGUAUUGAUUGUAUUUUUGUUCAUAUUUGAGCAUUUGAAAAAUUUUAGAAGAUCGUUCUUCUAAGCCCGGAUAAACUAUAUAUACAAUAAUUGAUUUAAUAUGACCGAUUAACGGAGCAAUCAAUUUAUAUUUAUUUGCAUUCAAUACAGGAUAGAGUAUAUGGCAAAAAGUCUUUCUUUACGCCUCUUGGCUUUCAGAUCUUACGUGGGCCAUGGUUGUUAUUAUACGUCAAAGGUUUUUAGUGGAUAUUAUGAUUUAUGAACCACGCGAAUUUGGUUGAAUGAUUGAAAGGAUAACUGCUUCAGAGCAGAUGCUGCGUUUAUAUUGAUUUUUGAACCAAAGAUUAUAAUCUUUCCAAUACAAGAUUGAGUGUUUACGCAUCAACAAGUCGCUUAAAUUAAUUUUGUUUUUUACUCAUACUUAUACUGUCUUCGUUCACAUUAUAUUAGAGACCUUAAGAUCUGGGACGGCAACGUGACGACGACCACUAGUCAGGCCACUAGUAAUACGAUGAAAGUUAGUAAUAUUUAAGAGAAGAAAUGAAUAAUUAAAAUACCACGGGAGAUUUAAUGUCGUCCACGCGGUUUGUUUACAACCGGUAAAACAGAGCUUUUACGUCCUGUGUACAACGUUUGCAUUUUAGUACAUAAGAAGUGGAAACCAAGCAAAUUGGUUCAGUACUAAUGUGGAAUUCUACUCAAUAGAAAGGCUCUGCUUUGAUCUCUUCAAGCCGUUUUAAAUUCAUACGAUUGAUAAUGUACAAUCAGCUUUCUUAAUUUACAAUAAUUUAUUUGUGAAAAGCUAGUCUCUAUUUACAACUACUAUAAGUAAUCAUUACUAUAGUUGUUUUUAAUUUUGUGUAAAACACCGCGUGGAUGAUUUUUAAUAUUUUUCAAAAAACAAAAAAAUUUUUUUGUUCGUUCAUAUCUAUAUAUAGCUACAAAGAAUGUAUAAUUAUAUAAUUGUCGUUUCUUAAUUCAGGUAGUGUUUGAUCAGUGUACACUGUAGUCAAAGUGUAGCUUAGACUUAGGUCAUGAUUGUGGACGUUUUGUUCCCAAAACAUGGCUUAUAUAGACCGCUUGUGAGAUGUAAAACCUGGUUCAGCGUGCGCAUUUUUUACGCUUUAAUUAAUCUUAUGCAUGUCCAAUAUUUAACACUGAAUAUUACAGUAUUCGCUGUAGGCGAGGUGAUUAUCGGGGAAUAUUUGCCGAGACGAAAUAAUUGUUUUAGUAUUUUUACACAAGUCUUUUGUGUUUUUUGGGACUGAAUUUAUUUUAAUUUCGCUUAUUUCUUUAUCAGUAACUUCCACAAAACGGCUAGCCGCCAUUUUGAAAAUCUUUUGUUCACAAUCCGUAUUACAUCGUGAAACAACCUCAAAACCACUAUAGCUUCAUUACGAUCCAUAUUUAUCCAUCGUUAUCCUUCGCUUACUGAACAACACCUUAUCAGGCACCGGUCGAAUUCGCAAGAAUUCGGUAUAUACGCAUGGUGCGCAUCGUGAAGUUUUCGAAAAUCUCAAAUUAAAAUACCCAACCACUCAGGCCAAAUUAUAACAAUUAAUAUAUUUUACUAUAUAUGCAACAAGUGUGUCUCAUGUUUCGUUCUUCAGAAAACUCAUACAUUAUAAUCUCCAUGCCCAAUUUCCCAUUUAUCAAGCGUUUCAAACACUAUCAGACAAUUACAUUUCAUUACAUAUAUAAGAACUUACAUUGUAAGCGACUAUCAUACAAAUAUAACUUACUAUGCAACAAAUAUGUCUGCUUCGUUCUUCAGAAAAAUCAGUCAUAUUAUAAUACACUGUCCACUUUCCCAUUUUUGGCAAGCGGUUGUAAACAAUAUCAGCUGGCUAUUACAUUUUAUUAUAUAUAAGAACGCACAUUAAUAACCCGAUCAUCAAACAAUUAUAAGUUACUAUGCAACAAAUGUGUAUGCUUCGUUCUUCAAAAAAUUCAUGUAUUACAUGCCCACUUUACAAGCGCUUCAAACAAUAUAAAACAAUUACAUUUUAUAUGUAAGAACGCACAUUGUUACCCGAUCGUGACUAUCAAACAAAUAUAAGUUACCAUGCAACAAAUGUGUCUGCUUCGUUAUUCAAAAAUUCAUAUUACAUGCCCAUUUUCUGAUUUAUCAAGCGCUCCAAACAAUCAAACUACUGUACAGUGGUGCAUAUGCAGUGCUUUCUGUUCCAAUAAUAUGAUCGCUAUAGAUUGCUCAACAAUCGAAACAUUGACGUUCUAACAAGCGCGCGUAUUUGUAAUAUAAAAAAGAUUAAAGCCGCGAAUUUCAGACGACAAAAUAUGAAAUACGAGCAAAUAAAAAACAUUUAUUUUUCACGACAACGUCAACAUACCGCAACGUAUAUAGUCUCGCUCCGCCGUGUAUCGUGUAUUACUUUUCCCUAAAUUAUUUUCUACAUUAGUAUUUUAUUAGUAUUUUAAAUUUAGUAAAGUUUCCAUUAUAAAUGUUCUGCAACUUUAAUUGAUCUUUUACAGUUAAUAUUGUAUAAGAGACAGCAGCGAAUAUUUUUUUAUAUUAUAUAUGAUGGUUCAAUUUACGUCGCUGACACAACAUUAACAAUGUUGGCGAAGCACUCGUGAUUGGCAUUGUAACAACAGUUUUCUCUCAUUAUCAUUGAGAUGAAAAUGCUUUUUGUGAAACAUAUACUAAAACCAAUGACUUUUUUGCCUUUCUUUGUUUUUGUUUAUCCAUUUAUUAAAUCUGUUCCCAACGCUUUGAUAAAAGAGUAAUGUGUACUUAUAUCGCUAUAUAUAUGUUCGUGUGCAAAUAUUAGAGAGCUUUAUCGCUUUAUAAUAGCAGCGGCUACGAUUACGAGUACGAGAUUUGACCGAGUGUGUACUGGCGGCGAACAAACAACAAUUGCGACGGCCGGUAUUUGCAGUUCACUGACAUUUCCAGUAUCUAAUUUACAACUCGAUCCGCUUUCUUAAAAAUACGCCGAAUAACGCUAGGGCCUAUAACAAAUAUUUCUACAAAUUAUUUUUGAAGAAAAACAAAAAUCUUACUUAGCUUUUUAAUGAAAAUGUCGUUGGGAGGACUACGACUAGAUUUCUUCAAAAUUUCGUACUCAGAUGGGCGACACCUAUACGACGUUCUGGCGCCAGUACGGGAUCGCCGCCAGUAAGCAUACAACGUGCGUUUCGCGCAAAAAUGACCAUAUACAGUAUAUGAGUCACGAUUUAGGAACAGUUACUAUUUUUAAACUUUAAUUUUACGGUUAGGAUUAGGGUUUGGAUUAGGGAUAGGGUUUGGAUUAAGACUAGAGUUAGGAUUAGAGUAAGGGUUUGGUUUAGGUUAGGAUUAUAGGGUUAAGUUUAAAAUACAAAAGAAUACAAAAGUCUAAAAAUAGUAACUCUUCCUAAAACGUGACAGGUAUAUAAAAUGACGAAUCUCAUACUCGUAGUCGUCCAAAAAAUCUUAAACUGCUUUCGAAAAAUUGAAUUUUAAAAAAACGUACACCUCAUUUGAACAAAGGAAUCAUUUCAAUCUAUUUUAAUCAAGUGCUGAAGCUGCAAAUAUAGGGUGUAACGGGCAUAAAAUUGCUCGGCGGCUCACAUAAACAUUCCCUUGAUUAAAGAUUUUGCCACUUGAUUCAGUGCGGUCAAUUAAUUGUCUUGUAUAUACAGACAAACAAAUAAUAUAAAUUGCCGAAAAAAAUACAAGCUAAUUAUAUGAAGAACCACAAGCAUAGAUAUCCCAAUUGCGCGCGUAUAAUACAGAUUUAAUCAUUUAUCUAGGCAAAAAAGGAAUAUACAAGAUACCUAUAUAAUUUGUAAUGACACUAAUCAACCUUUACUGCGGUCCCGCCUUCCAUUCCAUAAUGACGAAUGAUGACGAAUGUAGUUCACACCGCACCCAAUCUUAAAGAAGCAUUUCAAUUGAAUAAUGAAAGACAUAAUACUUACAAUCUUAGAGAUAGGGAUACUGAUUUAGCACCACUUAUGCCGAAAAAAAGAAUUCGGCAAGAGGUGCUUCAGUUAUUAUGGUGCCUUGCAUUGGAAUAAUCUUCCCCAUGAGGAAAAAAUUGCUGAAUCCCUAAGCUCUUUCAAGUCGAUAUUGAAACAAAGAAUGAGUUGAAAUAAUUUGCUUGUGUGUAAUCGUGCAGCUAAAAUUACUUGUAUUUUUUUAUUUGUUAUAUUUUGUAUUUCUUGUAUAUAGUUAAUUUUUUGUAAAUAGGUAAUUUCACGCCCCUCGUGGAAACCAGCCUUCCAACGGCUGUUGAGGCUAGCGUGGUUUAAAUAAAGUUUUGUAUGUAUGUAUAGAUUUUCUCCAAGCCAACGGCGCAGAUUUAUUUAAUCUAACAAAAUCUAUAUACGUAGUAGUUCGGGUUAAACUGGCCUUAUGAGCAGAUGAGCAUGUGCGUGGACAGUCUAAAAGCUGGACAGCAUGUUUUUUAAAUUAUCUAAAAUUGUUAUACUUUAGUAAUAAAUUUUAUUUAUAAUGUUAAUCUGUGUGUUAAUUUAUGCAUCCAACCAAGCGGAGCGGUGUCGUCCUGGCCAUAUUUUGCUCCAAAAAUGUACACAUUUUCGCGUUCGCCAUUAUACACUUAAUGUCUGCUCCCGAGGGAAAUAGUUAGUUUUGUUUUCCCGAGAAUCUCAAUGUUUCCCAACAACAUUCAUACAACAAUUGUAUUUCGUGACAAAAACUCUAUAGUGUAAACGAGUUUAAAAUUAAAAGAACCUACUUAAACGGUUUCAGCAGCAUAUCCUGUUGCCUGUUGUGUAUUUUUCUUCUCUUUUAUAUUCUUUAUUUGAACAAAAACUUGGAAAAUCGUAGUUUCUAAUUAUCUGAGUUUUGCCUCCAUUUUGUUUAUUUAUGUACGUGGCCGGUCGGGGCGGGCAACAAUUUUUCACUUGUUGCCCGGCGGGAAACAUUGCAUUUAUCUGAAGUCACGUGACCACAAAUCAGCCAAUCACGUUUGGUGUUCACGCUAGCUAUAUAACAAUACUGUUUAUUCCCCUCUUGAAUUAAAAACUGUGGAUAAACAAACGGCAGCGAAGCAGCCAGGAAUGCGGAACUAAAAAACUGUAGAUAAACAACGGCAGCGAAGCAGUUAGAAAUUAACUAAAAACUGUAGAUAAAUAAACGACAACGAAGUAGCCAGAAGGAAAAAAUGUAGAUAAACAAACGGCAGCGAAGUAGCCAGAAAUAAAAACUGUAGAUGAACAAACAGCAGCGAAAGAGACUGAAAUAAACAAACGACAGCAAAGUAACCAGAAAUCAGAACUAAAAACUGUAGAUAAACAAACAGUAGCGGUUCAAAAAUGUCAAGAACAUUAGCAUAGCACUGUAGUGAGCUCAAAUAAAUUAACAUGAGUCUGAAUAAAUUAAAUGAUUUAAGAAAUGAUGACGUCAUGGGCGGUGCUAAGUGCACCACCCGCGCCAGAACAAACCUCGUUCCCAGGCUCUUCCCUCUUGUUGAGGAACGAGGUUGCGCCAGAACCCCUAUUCUCUUUGCUACUAAUGCUUUCCUUUUCCCGGAUGUAACCUGGUACCCUGGCCUCAGGCUAUCUGCGCCGUUGGGUCGGAAAAAAUCUAUGUUGAACUACAUUCGUCAUUAUGGAAGGGAAGGCGGGACCGCAGUAAAGGUUGAUUAGUCGUAUACUAUUACUAGUAUCAUUACAAAUUAUAUAGGUAUCUUGUGUAUACGUUUUUGGCCUAGAUAAAUAAUUAAAGCUGUAUUAUACGCGCAAUUGGGAUAUCUGUGCUUGUGGUUCAUCUAUUUUUUCGGCAAUUUAUAUUAUUUGUUUGUCUGUAUAUACAAGACCUGUCCAUUAAUUGACCACUAAAUCAAGUGACAAAAUCUUUAAUCAAGCGAAUGUUUACGUGAAUUAAACUAGUUUAUGCCCGUUACACCCUAUAAUCGUGGGCGCGUGACUAUAAUUCAUCAUGGGUGGACCUCACUGAUCUCAAACAUAUGGCUGUUUGGCAGGAGUAGGAUAAGCAAGAUUUCAAUUUUCAAAAACAUAUAUUUGGAAAAUCGUUUCAUACAAUCAGCUUUGUCCUUUGAAGCAAUUUUUUGAAUGAAUGCAUGAGAAAAAUUGAUAUUUACUGUGGGAAAUCGAGAAAUAUAAGACAAGUUUGCUUUAAAUUUUUAAUGACAAUGUUGUUUAUGAAUUAUGUUCCCGUUUAAUUUCUUGCGUAAAACAUGCACUGGUUUCCAUUAAUUUCAAUGAAGCUGGAAGUUUCAUAAAUUACCUAGUCCCCCACGCAGCCGGUCGAGCUGCGAGGGAGACUACAAAUUACCCAGGCCUGUUUAAUUUAAGAAAAAAAAAUAAAAUAUAAAGGAGAGCAAAUUAAUUUGAAGACCAAACUGAAAUUACUCAACAAUUCGAAAUAAAAACAGCCGGUUAAUCGGCAAAAGAAGUUUAUAGUUGUCUACUUGAAUGAACAUUUCAAAAGAUUUUACGUACGAAGCGAUUCAGGCCAACUGAUUUUACAUCAAAUCAAAACACACAAAAUGCAAAGUAACGUAUACCUACAGUACAUAUUUCGGAAAUUCAUUGUUGUAUAGUUAAAACUACUAAUCAAAAGUACUAUACUAUUUUUGCUGUUUUGUACAAAAAAUAUAAAAAAUUUAAAUUAUCGUGUAUGGCAACACUUGAGGAAACGCAAGCAUGCGUUUCGGUGUCGGCCAAUUAUUUUUGUAGGCGAUCGGGGCUGUUGCAUGCAUCAUGCAUGUAUUUAUGGGAAAAUUUGAAUUUUUAUCUAAUAUUCGUUUGUUUUUAUUUCUAAACAUUUUUUCAACAGUACUUUUUUUAAUAAUCUAAAAUCCUCACUGGCGCAUGAGCGUCUUUAAAUCAGUACAAGGAUGGUCGAAAUUUUUCAAAUAAUGUUAUCGGACAGCAGUCAUCCUCAUUUAAUUUAUUUUCAAACUUUCACCUUUGUUCAUAUUUUAAAUCAGUUUUGAUUUAUCUUAAAACUCCAGGAUGAUACAAACUUAAGGCAUAAACCGAUAAACGUCAUUAUAAUAUAGUCAUUCACCGUAUAUGAGCUGUUCUGCAAUCUGAUUGGUUGAAUUACUCGCCGUAUAUCAGCUCAUAUACGGCGAGUAGCGAAAAACAAGAUGGCGGUCCAAAAACUACAUGAGUUUUGCGAAGCAGAAAAAAGGAAAAUAUUCGCUUUGAGAAAGAUAAUAGCACAAGGAAAAACUCUCAAAAAAAUUGACAGGUUAGCAAAAUGCAUUUAUUACAUAUACAUAUAGUAUAAGUGAGUGAGUGGGGGUAUUUGCUAAUCAUCCUUGCUGAGAGCUGAAUUGAAUUUACGAAAGACUCAGCUCAACCUGAUCGAGUCAAUUAGCGUACUAUAAGGCUUUAUAAGAAAGUCAACUAAAUAGUGUCCCUCUGAAUCGAACCCAUGCACCAAAGGCCCAGUCUUAAUUAUACGCUGUAUUAUAAUUAUAAUUAUAAUUAUUCACUAUACAAAUAGCAUUGAUGCACGACUGCAUGGUUUGUACAAAGCACAUAUAUAUAUAUAUAUUUAUAUAUAUAUAUAUAUAUACAUACAUACAUAUAUAUAUACAUAUAUAUAUAUAUAUAUAUAUAUAUAUAUAUAUAUAUAUAUAUAUAUAUAUAUAUAUAUAUAUAUAUAUAUAUAUAUAUAUAUAUAUAUAUAUAUAUAUAUAUAUAUAUAUAUAUAUAUAUAUAUAUAUAUAUAUAUAUAUAUAUAUAUAUAUAUAUAUAUAUAUAUAUAUAUAUAUAUAUAUAUAUAUAUAUAUAUAUAUAUAUAUAUAUAUAUAUAUAUAUAUAUAUAUAUAUAUAUAUAUAUAUAUAUAUAUAUAGAUAGAUAGAUAGAUAUAGAUAUAUACAGAUAUAGGUUUUCAUAUCUGACUAUUAUUGAGAUUUUUAUUCAGUAUUCAACCACAAGUAUAAUUAUCUGUCGUUAGUGACAGGAUAAAAACUGACCGCAUGAGUGUGCGCAUAAUAGUAAGGACACAUUGAACACAUGCAUUAGGACAUAUGCGGGGAGCGUGCAUAAUCGGUUAAUGCAUACAGUUAUGUUGAUGUUUAUUUGUUUUUACUUUUUACUUAAUAAAAGGUAUACAUGCAUGCACAUGCAUCUUAUGGGGGCUGUUCAUACAGUAUGAGCUGGGACAGCCCGAGUUAGCCCGGCUAGCCGGGAUGAAUCGCGCCACAAAAAUUGUUUCCUGACCAUGCAUAUAUAAGGUCGUUUGAUUCAACUUUGUACGGUUACUGGAAUCAAACUAAACUAUACGGUUGCUGGAGACUCCCAAAAAUGAGUGAACUGGCCCUGGGAGUAACGUCCCAGCGGGCAAAAUGACGUUUAUCCAACGUUGAAUCAACGUUGGAAAUGACCUUCCAGACGUUGGAUAGACGUAACUUUGAAAUCGUUCAUUUUGGAUGCAUGUUCGCCACAGCCGUGCAUGAUAUAAGAUUUUUACUAAUUUAAGCGAAUCACCCCGGUUAACUGCAUGGUCUGCCGACUCUGCCCGGCUCCAUAUAUGAACAUGCAGCCCCUUAAAGCCCAUAUUACAUGCAGUACACAAUCAUGUUGAUGUUGCGAGAAUAUUCAUGCAUGGGACUAACUUGCAUGGAAAUUAAGUAUCUCAUGCUGUCAUUGUUUCGAGAAAAUUGUGUAUAAUUAUAUAAACUACUGAGGGGUGUAUUAUAUACAUGCAUGUAUUUUAAAAAUUAUACUUUUAUAUCCUAUAACAAGCUUUCGCGCGUUGCUCCGACGAGGGGCCUUCGCUCGAAACAUCGAAUUUCUCCUUAUUUUUUUCAAGUAGUUGCAUCCCUACCAACGAAAGCUUGUUAUUCUUGGCACUAUACCUACACUGGCACAGGACGUUCAACCUUAUACCCUAUAGCCAUUUACUAAAUUUAACUUAAACUUUACUAAUGUUACUCUGCAUGGAUACUCGGUAUAAAUCAAUCUAUCAGUGAAUGAAUAUACUGUGGGUAGCUGUGCGGAUGUAAUACGUGGCAAAGCUGCGUUUGUAUAAUACAAUCGUUGCCAAAAUAUAUCCCUUGUAUAAGGACUAAAUUAAGUUUCCCUUGACAAGCGUGCAGUUGCUCGUUGUUAAACAUUUAUCUCACCGAUCAAGGCCGCCGCCUUUUGUUUCCCAAACCAUACAAGUAUUUCUCGUACACUAGCUUGUCAAGUUUUCCUUGACGGCCGUACACACGAACACAUUUUCCUUGUCGAAAAGCUGGCAUGCAUGACUAGCUUUUGAAGCUAUGCCUAUAGGAUCCUUGGCUAGGAAAAAUUGUCAAUUUUUUACCGUACACACAAGCAAAUAGCCUAAAACUUGUCACAUUAAAGAAAUCGUGUCAAGGAAAAAUUGUUCGUCUGUAUACGGGACUUCAGAUAUUCCUCUUAAAAGCUAGUAGCAAAUUUUACAUCGAUUCGCAAAAGGCAUCGUCAUUCUAUGAAUUUGAAGAUUUAACUGUUGUCUGUCAGUUAAUUGCCUAUAUACACCUUUCAAUCUGAAGUGUUGAUUGGCAUGCAAUUGUAUAUAUGGCUGAUAUUAUACUAGUGGCACAUUUAGUUUUAAAAAGCUAAAGAUUGGAUAAUCAUAUAAUUUACCUUGAAUUAAAUGGAGAACAUUUCCAUUUAUUAUUAUCACCAAUUCAGUGAACAGAUUUUAAGAUAUAUUUUGUUUUGCUGUCAUUUCCACGUCGUGGUGCCAGGCCGGCUAAAUCAAAGACAAAUAUAACCACUAAGUCCAACUGUGAAAAGAUAAAAGGUAAAAACAAAUACGUGGAUAUAGGAUUUCCGUCAUAAUCCGCCUCCUCUGUUAAGGUUUGGUGUUUGACCAUAGGGGUGAAUAAAGGAAUGUUUCCAAAAUACAAAAUGUUUAACUUCACUAUGGUCUGUUUAUGAUGCUUGUCAUUAACAUCAUGCAGUUCAUGCCAGGUCUGGACAAUCAAAAUUCAUUGGAAAAUGAUUAAUAGAAACUGAGUCCCAUGGUUUCAUUGAACAGGGCAAUUUUAACUGCACAAUGAUUCAACAAAAUUUUAAUAUCUGCUAUUAACUUAAACAGUAAUACGAUACUUAGUUGAAAACAUGAGCGGGCUAUUAUGAGUCAAAAUCACAAUGAGUGCCAGUUAAUUUAACAACACCAUUACACCAGCUUUAAUCUUUUAAUGCCUUGGUUCAUAUAUAAGCUGCAUGGUACAUGAACUUGCUUAAACAUCUUGAUUCCUAUUGGAUUAGUCCCACGUUAUAUCUAGUCUGUAUGUAUCUGUCUCUUUUUAAAACGAAACCAAAAUGUUGUUCGAAUACUUAUAGCAGUUUUUGGACAUUCGACUCGAUCACUCCAUGCAUGCAAGUUACAAAAUUAUUCUCAAUUAUGUAUAGGCAAGUAAAAAUUAUAACUCAAACGGACAAAACCAGUAAGGAUAAUUAUUGAAUUCUAUACUAUUCUUUGAUACUCAUCUACAUAAUAUAUCGAUUCUCGUACUGCAAUAAUUCGACUUGGAUCGCGUAAGUAUAGCCUAAUUACUGAAUACGUAUAAUCGAAACAGAAUGGUCUAUUCACUAUUGAAUAAUUAUACAUACUACCAUGCGGCAUAAUGUCCCUUCAAAAUAACCCAAACCCUUAUAACAAAUCUUUGUAAUAAAAAAAACAAUUAUAGAUUUAGAACCUUUCAGAUUAUACGUUCAAACCUUUUUAUUAUAGCUACCAGUACAGAUAGGAUUCUUCUGCAUACGUGUCAAUGUCGAACAUAUACCGCUGAUGAUCUCUCCAGGAUCGACAGUGAUAAAAGAACAUUAUGAAUCAUAUUUUUCUAUUUAACAGUUGGAAAUUAGUAGGACUGCGCUGUUCGAACAGUGACAUAACAUAAUUGUCGCUCUGGUUUGUAAUAUGAUAAACAUCACGCUGUAGCGGCAUGCUGAUCUGUCGCUGCGGCUUAGUUUAGAAUUUUCGCGCGCUUUUGCUUCAAUUUUUACAUCAGUUAAAUUUGUUUUAAUACUGAGUACAUAAUCGGUAAUCCUUUCAUUACGUUAAAUGUUUAGCGCAGCAACAAUACUUUUUGAUUCAACGUUUUGACUUUAUUUAGUCAUCAUCAGGAAUAGAAACGUUGAAUCAAAAAGGAGUUACCGUUAUAUAGCUACAGUAUAUAUACAUAUUUCAAUUAAGGUUGUCCCCCGAGCAAAGCGGAAAAGUCGUUUGAUAUAUUAGCGAUCCCAAGCAGCCUUUCGCGCUCGUAUUCGACUUUUCCGCUCUGCUCGGGGGACAACCUUAAUUGAAAUAGCUGUAUACAGAAACUUUAGUUAUCACUGCUUCCUUAAUUAAUUUUUGCGUCUUUAGCUUAAUGCCUUUAAACAGAGAGUCAGUUAAAAUAUUUUACGUUUGGAUCACGCUUUAGUCUGUGACAUAAUGUUUCUCUUUAUCUUUUUUUUUUCAUGUACCGUCUCCCGUUCGCUUUCCUUAUAAUGUUGCCCUAAAUUUUCCCAAUUUUUUGCUAUGAUUAUCAGUUUUUAAUCCGGUUUCACUCAAAUAUUUUAGUGUUUUUUUUUACUUCCUAUCCAAUUCUUGUUUGGCCCAACUGGGAAAACAAUUGGCCGACUGGGAUAAAAUUAUUUGCCGACUCCUUGACGACUGGGGGUGUUCCCCCCUCCCCCGCACACGUACUCUAACGCAGGGACAUGCUGGGGUCUUGAAAAGGUCCCCAUAGCCAGCACGUCACUGCUCUAACGCAUCCCCUG